CGGAUGACGUCACCAGGGGGCAGUAGAGCGCUGUCCGCACACACAGGGUGCUGAGCCAUGUCUGCCAGCCCGGGGUACAGCGAGGAGAAGGGGGGCAGCCUGGGGGAGCCCGAGUAUGGGCAGGACCCGGCCAGCGGGGGCAUCUUCAGCAGUGACUACAAGAGGUAGGUACCCAGAGGGUGACUGCAUCCCCAGCAUCCCUGGCUGGGGGGAGGGGAGAGGGGGGCAACCAUCCAUCCAGGGGGGCAACUAUCCAUCCAGGGGGGGCAACCAUCCAUCCAGGGGGGCAACCAUCCAUCUCCAUGGUAUAUCUGUAUUAUUAUUAUUAUAUAUGUAUGGGGUUACCCAGGGCCCAGCUCAGCCCUGUCUGUGGGGGAGGGGAGAGGGGGGGCAACUAUCCAUCCAAGGAGGCAACUAUCCAUCCCCAUAGUAUAUCUGUAUUAUUAAUAUUAUUAUUAUAUAUGUAUGGGGUUACCCAGGGCCCAGCUCAGGGGGGAGGGAGAGGGGGGGAGAGAAUUCUCCAUCUCCAUGUUAUAUCUGUAUUAUUUUUUUAAUUAUUAUUAUUAUUAUUAAUAAUAAUUUGUAUUAUUAUUAUUAUUAUAGCCCUGUCUGUGUGCUGCCCUCAGAUACAGUGGGGUCUGGUGCUGGGCUAAUAAAGCAGCAGCUGGAAUAAAGGGAGGGGGGAGGUGGGUUUAGAGGGGGAGGAUUACACAUCCCUCUAUUCACACAGGAGCUGGCUCUGCUUUACUGAAGGUAAGUGUCCCCCCAGGGGGUAAAUCAUCAAAGGUCUCCUCUGUCCCCAAUCACUACAGAGGACAGGCUGCUGGGACCUCAUCAUUAUCACAUGUCAAAGAUUACAGAAUAUGCACACCCUGUGAGUUUUCCAGAAAAUGUCCAAUUUAUAACUUUUCAAUAAAAAGUAAAAUGAGACUUAAAAAAUACAUGAGGUCAGAUCAUAAGUCAGCGCUUAUACCGGCAGUUAUUCUUAGGGUUAAACAACUUAGAUUAGUGUUUGUCCGGAUUUUGUGGAAAAUAAAUAAAUUCAGCCGAUAUCAUUUAUAUUAUAUCAGCGGUUAUCAUAUUAUAAUUUUGAAAAUUUUCUUCAUGUUCCCUUAUCGACGGGGAAAGGAAUACUGAAAACUACAGAAAAUUCCCAGGACUCUCCACCACAUUAGUAUUGGCACCUCUGCGCAUGCCUGGACGCUUUCUAUGGACAGGUCGCAAUGGUUGCGCACAUAUGUGUGUGGUGUGUGUCUUACAUGUGCACAUCUUCACUUAGUGAACUGGUGGCAUUAUUAUAACUGCAGUGAUUUUUGUGCAGUGGAAUUUGCACUUUGUAGGCUGAAUAGGCUAUUUUUUAUGUUUAUUUUCCGGUAUUAUUGUUAUUUUAUCAUUUAUAUAGCGCCAGCAAAUUCCAUAGCGCUUUACAAUGGGUGGACUAACAGACACGUAAUUGUAACCAGACAAGUUGGACACACAGGAACAGAGGGGUUGAGGGCCCUGCUCAAUGAGCUUACAUGCUAGAGGGAGUGGGGUAUAAUGACACAAAGGGUAUAAAUUGGGGUAAUGAAAUAUGUUGCUAGAAAAGUAUUCACUGAGAACUUGGGUUAUUUUUGACAGAGAGGAGCCGUGGGGAGAGGAUGAAAACCUGCUAACAGUUUAAUUGAUACUCUUUCCUGAAGAAGUGAGUUUUCAAAGAAUUUUUUUUGGGGUGCACUAAUAAAAUAAUUUCCAAUUACAUUUAUAAUGAGAAAUAAAAGGAGGAAUCUGAUUGUAGUAUAAAUUCAAAGAGGAGCUCAGUAAUCAAUGGUCACAAGGCAUUUAAGGGGAUAAACCCUAAGCUUAACGUUAUAUAGAUAGUGAAAAAUUGCUUGGACCAAAAGAUAUUUGAUUAUUAAAUAAAACUCAACAUUUAAUCUUUAUUUAUUAAAAAUAGCCUUUCUAUUAAAAAAGAGGACAAAAGCAAUAUGUACAUAAAUCAAUAUAGCAUACAUGAAAAUAAAGAAAGUAUAUACAUAAACUCGCUCAAAAUCGUAGAAAAAAAUAUGAUUGGUUGAAACAAUCCAGCAAAUCCUACUAUAUGUACGAGGUCAGAAGUUAUUAUUAUUAUUGUGAUAUAUAUAUAUAUAUAUAUUGUGUGUGUGUAUAGAAACAUAGAAUGUGGCGGCAGAUAAGAACCAUUCAGCCCAUCUAGUCUGCCCAAUGUUCUAAAUACUUUCAUUAGUCCCUGGCCUUAUCUUAAGUCUAGGAUAGCCUUAUGUUUAUCCCACACUUGCUUAAACUCCAAAAAAAUAGGACAGUGAUAAUGUGUAUGUUUGUGUAUGUCUAGGAUUGUGUGUAUGUCUGUGUGUGAUUGUGUGUGUAUAGGUCUGUGAUUGUGUGUGUGUGUAUAGGUCUGUGAUUGUAUAUGUGUAUAGAUCUUUGAUUGUCUGUGUAUGCGUAUAUCUUUGGUUAUGUGUAUAUGUAUAUGCAUGUUUAUGUGUUUAGAAGAUAGCUUCCGAAUUUUACAGUUAUCUACUGUCAGGAUUACUGUUUGAUCCAGCACGUAGAACUGUAUAGCACGGAUGACAAAUAAGUAACGUAUUACCGGUCCUUAGAAUGGCCGGAUUUAACGUACAUAGAAUAGUCAAAAAUACUAGCCGAGGUCAGGGAACACAGAAAGGGACGCAGCGAUGAGGAAAGCCAGGAGUCAGGAUACCAGAAUAUAGAGAAGUCAAUAAACAAAGCCAAAGUAAAAAACCAGGUAGAAAACUAUAAACAGGAGUGCACUCUCGGACAACCACAAGGGAAACCACCAGGGGCGUUUUAGCCGCGAGGCAAACAAGGCAUUUGCCUUGGGUGGCAUUUUUCAGGGGGCGGCAAAAAACGCUGCCCCCAAAUGCCCAGGGCAAAUGUCUUGUUAGCCUUGCGGCUAACAGACAUGCCGGUCGGGCUGGGCGGGCGGCGCUGGCUGCUGUGCAGGCGGCUGGCGAGGGAGCUCUUCCUCUGAGCGGUCUGCUCAGCUCCCUCACGCGCCGCAGAGUGAGGCUGGGAGCCGGAAGAUGAUGUCAUAUUCCGGCUCCCAGCCUCACUCUGCGACGCGCGAGGGAGCUGAGCAGAGUGCUCAGAGGAAGAGCUCCCUCGCCAGCCGCCUGCCCGACCAUCAGCUAGCGCCGCCCAGCAGCCACUGGACCACCAGGGAGAGAGGGAACCCCCCCCCAACAUUCCCAAAGGUAAGGAGGCGGGGGGGGGGUUAAAAAAAAGUGUGUGUGUCUGUUAGUGUGUGUGUGUGUGUGAGUGUGUCUGUUAGUGUGUGUGUCUGUUAGUGUGUGUGUCUGUUAGUGUGUGUGUGUUAGUGUGUCUGUUAGUGUGUGUGUGUGUGUCUGUGAGUGUGUCUGUUAGUGUGUGUGUCUGUUAGUGAGUGAGUGUGUGUGUCUGUUAGUGUGUGUGUGUCCGACUGUUAGUGUGAGUGUGUUUGCCUGUGAGUGUGUGUAUCAGUGAGUGUUUGUGUCUGUUAGUGAGUGAGUGUGUCUGCUAGUGAGUGAGUGUGUUUGUGUGUGUGUGUGUCUCAUUGUGUGUGUAUGUUUGCCUGUGAGUGUGUGUGUCAGUGAGUGUGUGUGUGUCUGCUAGUGAGUGAGUGUCUGUGUGUGUCAGUGAGUUUGUGUUUCUGUUAGCUAGUGUAUGCGUAUCUGUCAGUGAGUAUUUGUGUGUGUGUGUGUAUUUAGAAGGCGGGCGGGGGGAAGGGAUGGGUGGGGGGGGGGUUGGGGGGCGCCUGGGUUUUGUCCUGCCUAGGGCAGCACAAAACCAGGAUACACCACUGCAAACCAAGACAGGGCACUGAGAAGGAUGAGAACUGGGCCUAAAUACCCCUCCUCUAGAUCUGAUAGGCUGUAACCGGCCUUUGACCCCAAAGUCAGUUACCAGGUUUCAUUUGCAUAAUUGCUGCUCAGCAUUAACCCUUCUGUGGAUUAGGUUGCUGCUCGGCACAACUUUUCCUGUGUGACAGUAAAUGUCAUUAACCACGUUUUUAUAAACGGAUGAAUACGUAACAUCUACCAAACAAAUUAAAUAUCAAAAUUAAGAAAAGGGCUUUUGAAGUUUCAUUGUAUAAAUUAAUUAAUAAAUUAAUUAAUUAUAUUAUACAUUAUAUAUAUGUGCUGCCCAAGACAUUUCCUCUUCGCUCAAUGUGGCCAGGGGAAGCCAAAAAGUUGGACACCCAUGUUCUAGACCCUGCAGGAGCCUCCUGUGUUUAAUUAAAGUUCAAAUUACAGAGCAGGAGACAAAAACGUCUAAAGCAAGUUAAUGGCUGAUUGAAAAUAAAAACCUAUUUUUCCAUGCAGACUGUGGAGUCACGGACAGGGAAGACGUGGCUAGGGCUGCAAAAACAGAAACAAAGGUGAUUUAAGCCCUAAAUUGCAGAGAAGUGAGCAGUGAAACUGCUGGGGUUGAUCUAGACACCAAAACUGCUUCACUAAGCUAAAGUUGUUUUGAUAGGUGCCCCACAACUUCCAUUAUUUAUGUUUUUAUUUAUCUAAAGAAUUGUUCAGGUGGCAACUUCUUUAAAUAAAGUGCUUUCAAAGACUGCAGAAGAUCCAGCAAGCUUUUCUGGCCUCGAAACUCUUGCAUGUCAGUGGAAGAGGGAAACAUAGAAUGUGACGGCAGAUAAGAACUAUUCGGCCCAUCUAGUCUGCCCAAUAACAGUGAACAAAAUAUUUAACACCAAAGUCUUGUGUCUGGCACCAGUCAGCUCUGCCCCCUCUUUAUCUGUUUAGGUCCAGAUCAGUAGCUACCCAUUUACAAAAUGGCUCGAGAAAUUUACCUUUCUCAAGCCGUUUUCUGGUUGAAUCCCUGAAUGUAAGCCAAUGCCAAGGACGAACUGACACAAUAACAACUUAAUUCCGAAAAAUGAAUGAAGCCAUCAACAUCACAACCCCAACAUUAGUUUUGCCUGGGAACAGUUUAACUGGGUACCGCUCAGACAUCAGAACUUCUGCCCUUACUUGGGCUAGCGUUAACUUAAAUCACAAGCAUGCCCAGUACACUGGCAUCCUCCACUGACCCUCCUUGUUUACUCUCGCAAUUGUGUGAGAGUCAACACUGAGGAUCAGCGACGCAAUGCUUCAGGAAGUGACGCAGCACUGAAGGGAAGUGAGUAUAUACACACACAUAUGGCCAAUGACAAAGUUGACAAAAUCAGUGGCGCUUGAUUAAAGAUCAACCCUUUGUCAACUUUUCUAAGCCUGCUGGUUCUACAAAAGGAAAAGUAGUCUUUACGUUUCCUUAUGUAUACUUUUAGCUGUGUUUGUCUAUUUCUUGCUACAUGGCUGUGAGACCUGGAAGCUAUAAUCUGCAAUGAGCAUAUGCAAAUGUCCUGUCGACUGGGAAAAAUAAUGUAAAGUCAGUAAUUGGUGUCUCCCCCUGUAACUGCGUGCUACCACUUGUGUUUACUCAGAAUGUCCACUGGAGGGAGCUUCAUGCACAGCUACCGUUUUUCUCCGAAAAUAAGACCGGGUCUUAUAUUAAUUUUAGUCACAAAAAACACACUAGGGCUUAUUUUCAGGUUAGGGCUUAUUUAUUUACGUUACCAGUAUGUACAGCUCUUUCUCUUUGCACUCAUCUUAUCUGGGGAUCAAAAUACCAUACUGUCUAAUUAAUCCACCCCCCCUUUAAUAAAUCCACCCCCUCUAAUUAAUCCACCCCCCUCUAAUUAAUCCACCCCCCUUUAAUUAAUCCACCCCCUUUAAUUAAUCCACCCCCUCUUUAAUAAAUCCACCCCCCUUUAAUUAAUCCACCCCCUUUAAUUAAUUCACCCCCCUCUAAUUAAUCCAGCCCACCCUUUAAUUAAUUCACCACCCCUUUAAUUAAUUCACCCCCCUCUAAUUAAUCCAGCCCACCCUUUAAUUAAUUCACCCCCCUUUAAUUAAUUCACCCCCCGCCCCCUUUAAUUAAUUCAGUCCCAGACAUAAAAUAUCUACCGGUACUCACAUUUCAAAGAUUCCUUGCCGAGUCCGACCACUGGGUGCCUCACCGCCCGGAAAUGGAUCCUUCCGCUGAAGAUCCGUGAAGGCAGACUGACGGCGCUGCGAAAUGUCGUCAUCACGUUGCGCGAUGCCGCGGCCCGCAACGCUCCUCCUACAGUAGAAGAAGGAAGUCUCGCCGCAAAGGUGCAAUGCCUAGGUCUUAUUUUCGGGGUAGGGCUUAUAUUGCAGCCCACCCCGAAAAUCCGACUAGGGCUUAUUUUCGGGGUAGGGUUUAUUUUCGGGGAAACACGGUAAAAUAUUUAUAUACUGUAUAGUGUUUCUUUCACUAUUAACGAAUUGGGGCAUUUGUCUUAAUCUGCAAUUUUGCUCUAAAUUUUGAGAUUUGUUUUUCAGCUCACCAUAGAAUAUCUAUAUUUGCCAAGUAAGAGACAGGGUUUCAUUUUCUAAACACAGAAAUGUAGUGAAUUAGAAAUCAAUUUAAAAAUAACCAAGCGGUGACUAUAGCUGGAAAGGAGAUCUCUUCCAAAUCAACUAGUUUAGGUUACAGUUUGAUUUUUUUUUUUUUUUUACCUGGAAAUUACAAUUACAAAUUUAAAGGGACCUAUUUAACUAGGGACAGGGACACUAAAGCGUUAGAAAUUCAGGUUUGAAAUUAACUUUGAAUUCAUAAUGAAAUUCUCAACAUUCCUCCCUUUAGUGAAUAAUCUGUUUAUAAUGGUUUUAUAUAUAGCCCCAACAAUUUCUGUGCCCUUAGAUACAAUACUAAUCUGACAGCCAUUGUGACAGAGGCAAACUGCGAGAGCUGUGAGAGGCGUAAUCACUAAACUGUGAGCUUUGGGGAAUUGCAAUUUACACCAAAAUGGAAAAUUUGGGAAAAAUUAUAUAGUCACAGUUUAGCCGUUGUAGCCUGAAUUUUGCAACCAGAUUGUCACUUUACAACAAUUUUCUGUUUAGUGAAUAAACCACAAUGUUUUUGUGAAGCAGAUUUUCCUGAUCUUGGAGUGAUUUACUUUUCUAAUCUAGGAGUAAGCAGUGUCCUAAUCCAGGAGUAAUUAUUGUCCUAAAUCAGGAGUAAUUAUUGUCCUAAUCUAGGAGUAAUUAUUGUCCUAAUGUAGGAGUAAUUAUUGCCCUAAUCCAGGAGUAAACAGUGUCCUAAUCCAGGAGUAAUUAUUGCCCUAAUCCAGGAGUAAUUAUUGUCCUAAUCUAGGAGUAAUUAUUGUCCUAAUCCAGGAGUAAUUAUUGUCCUAAUCUAGGAGUAAUUAUUGCCCUAAUCCAGGAGUAAUUAUUGUCCUAAUCCAGGAGUAAUUAUUGUCCUAAUCUAGGAGUAAUUAUUGCCCUAAUCCAGGAGUUAGCAGUGUCCUAAUCCAGGAGUAAUUAUUGCCCUAAUCCAGGAGUAAUUAUUGUCCUAAUCCAGGAGUAAUUAUUUCCCUAAUCCAGGAGUAAUUAUUGCCCUAAUCUAGGAGUAAGCAGUGUCCUAAUCUAGGAGUAAUUAUUGCCCUAAUCCAGGAGUAAUUAUUGUCCUAAUCUAGGAGUAAUUAUUGCCCUAAUCCAGGAGUAAUUAUUGUCCUAAUCUAUGAGUAAUUAUUGUCCUAAUACAGGAGUAAACAGUGUCCUAAUCCAGGAGUAAGCAGUGUCCUAAUCCAGGAGUAAGCAGUGUCCUAAUCCAGGAGUUAUUAUUGUCCUAAUCUAGGAGUAAUUAUUGUCCUAAUCCAGGAGUAAUUAUUGUCCUCAUCUAGGAGUAAUUAUUGCCCUAAUCCAGGAGUAAUUAUUGUCCUCAUCUAGGAGUAAUUAUUGCCCUAAUCCAGGAGUAAUUAUUGCCCUAAUCUAGGAGUAAUUAUUGUCCUAAACCAGGAGUAAUUAUUGUCCUAAUCUAGGAGUAAUUAUUGCCCUAAUCCAGGAGUUAGCAGUGUCCUAAUCCAGGAGUAAUUAUUGCCCUAAUCCAGGAGUAAUUAUUGUCGUAAUCUAGGAGUAAACAGUGUCCUAAUCCAGGAGUAAUUAUUGCCCUAAUCCAGGAGUAAUUAUUGUCCUAAUCCAGGAGUAAUUAUUUCCCUAAUCCAGGAGUAAUUAUUGCCCUAAUCUAGGAGUAAGCAGUGUCCUAAUCUAGGAGUAAUUAUUGCCCUAAUCCAGGAGUAAUUAUUGUCCUAAUCUAGGAGUAACUAUUGCCCUAAUGGAGUAAUUAUUGCCCUAAUCCAGGAGUAAUUAUUGUCGUAAUCUAGGAGUAAGCAUUGUCCUAAUCCAGGAGUUAUUAUUGUCCUAAUCUAGGAGUAAUUAUUGUCCUAAUACAGGAGUAAGCAGUGUCCUAAUCCAGGAGUAAUUAUUGUCCUAAUCCAGGAGUUAUUAUUGUCCUAAUCUAGGAGUAAUUAUUGUCCUAAUACAGGAGUAAGCAGUGUCCUAAUCCAGGAGUUAUUAUUGUCCUAAUCUAGGAGUAAUUAUUGUCCUAAUCCAGGUGUAAUUAUUGUCCUCAUCUAGGAGUAAUUAUUGCCCUAAUCCAGGAGUAAUUAUUGGAGUAAUUAUUGUCCUAAACCAGGAGUAAUUAUUGUCCUAAUCUAGGAGUAAUUAUUGCCCUAAUCCAGGAGUUAGCAGUGUCCUAAUCCAGGAGUAAUUAUUGCCCUAAUCCAGGAGUAAUUAUUGUCGUAAUCUAGGAGUAAACAGUGUCCUAAUCCAGGAGUAAUUAUUGCCCUAAUCCAGGAGUAAUUAUUGUCCUAAUCCAGGAGUAAUUAUUUCCCUAAUCCAGGAGUAAUUAUUGCCCUAAUCUAGGAGUAAGCAGUGUCCUAAUCUAGGAGUAAUUAUUGCCCUAAUCCAGGAGUAAUUAUUGUCCUAAUCUAGGAGUAACUAUUGCCCUAAUCCAGGAGUAAUUAUUGUCCUAAUCUAUGAGUAAUUAUUGUCCUAAUACAGGAGUAAACAGUGUCCUAAUCCAGGAGUAAGCAGUGUCCUAAUCCAGGAGUAAGCAGUGUCCUAAUCCAGGAGUUAUUAUUGUCCUAAUCUAGGAGUAAUUAUUGUCCUAAUCCAGGAGUAAUUAUUGUCCUCAUCUAGGAGUAAUUAUUGCCCUAAUCCAGGAGUAAUUAUUGUCCUCAUCUAGGAGUAAUUAUUGCCCUAAUCCAGGAGUAAUUAUUGCCCUAAUCUAGGAGUAAUUAUUGUCCUAAACCAGGAGUAAUUAUUGUCCUAAUCUAGGAGUAAUUAUUGUCCUAAUCUAGGAGUAAUUAUUGUCCUCAUCUAGGAGUAAUUAUUGCCCUAAUCCAGGAGUAAUUAUUGCCCUAAUCUAGGAGUAAUUAUUGUCCUAAACCAGGAGUAAUUAUUGUCCUCAUCUAGGAGUAAUUAUUGCCCUAAUCCAGGAGUAAUUAUUGUCCUCAUCUAGGAGUAAUUAUUGCCCUAAUCCAGGAGUAAUUAUUGCCCUAAUCUAGGAGUAAUUAUUGUCCUAAACCAGGAGUAAUUAUUGUCCUAAUCUAGGAGUAAUUAUUGUCCUAAUCUAGGAGUAAUUAUUGUCCUAAUCCAGGAGUAAUUAUUGCCCUAAUCCAGGAGUAAUUAUUGUCGUAAUCUAGGAGUAAGCAGUGUCCUAAUCCAGGAGUUAUUAUUGUCCUAAUCUAGGAGUAAUUAUUGUCCUAAUACAGGAGUAAGCAGUGUCCUAAUCCAGGAGUAAUUAUUGUCCUCAUCUAGGAGUAAUUAUUGCCCUAAUCCAGGAGUAAUUAUUGUCCUCAUCUAGGAGUAAUUAUUGCCCUAAUCCAGGAGUAAUUAUUGCCCUAAUCUAGGAGUAAUUAUUGUCCUAAACCAGGAGUAAUUAUUGUCCUAAUCUAGGAGUAAUUAUUGCCCUAAUCCAGGAGUAAUUAUUGUCGUAAUCUAGGAGUAAGCAGUGUCCUAAUCCAGGAGUUAUUAUUGUCCUAAUCUAGGAGUAAUUAUUGUCCUAAUACAGGAGUAAGCAGUGUCCUAAUCCAGGAGUUAUUAUUGUCCUAAUCUAGGAGUAAUUAUUGUCCUAAUCCAGGUGUAAUUAUUGUCCUCAUCUAGGAGUAAUUAUUGCCCUAAUCUAGGAGUAAUUAUUGUCCUAAACCAGGAGUAAUUAUUGUCCUAAUCUAGGAGUAAUUAUUGCCCUAAUCCAGGAGUUAGCAGUGUCCUAAUCCAGGAGUAAUUAUUGCCCUAAUCCAGGAGUAAUUAUUGUCGUAAUCUAGGAGUAAGCAGUGUCCUAAUCCAGGAGUAAUUAUUGCCCUAAUCUAGGAGUAAUUAUUGUCGUAAUCUAGGAGUAAGCAGUGUCCUAAUCCAGGAGUAAUUAUUGCCCUAAUCCAGGAGUAAUUAUUGUCGUAAUCUAGGAGUAAGCAGUGUCCUAAUCCAGGAGUUAUUAUUGUCCUAAUCUAGGAGUAAUUAUUGUCCUAAUCCAGGAGUAAUUAUUGUCCUAAUCUAGGAUAAACUUGCAGCGUACUCCCCCCCAGCUUUUGUUUUGUGACAUUUCCAGGGAACAAAACCAGGAUGGUGGGACAGGAUUAUAAUAUCUGGAUGGUCCUGCAGAAAUUGUUUGGGGGGCCUGUUUACAGUAAAGGCACCCAUUACUGAUGUGGUGAUCAGUCCCUGUACAGUGCUAUGAAUCUGCCUAAAAUAUUUUUUAGCCUAGAUGUCUUUCUCUAACAGACAUUUUCCAGCUCACCUCUUGUUGCCUAAAAUUUUCAUAAUAUAUGAUUGUGAUGAAUUUUUUUCUUAUGGGGGAGCCAUAAUACUGGGUUUCUUUACUACAAUACAGAAUGCACCUGUCGUGGUUAACUAUAUUUAUUACCUGUUACGUGUCACAUUUAUAUAUGUGUGUAUGUGUGUAUAUAUUGUUUGUCAUAUUGUAUCCUAUUGUAACAAUGCAAUGUAUUGUGGACCCAGGACAUACUUGAAAACGAGAGAAAUCUCAAUGUAUCCUUCCUGGUAAAAUAUUUAUAAAUAAAUAAAAAUUGCACAAUUCAGGUUAGAAUUGCCUCCCUGUGAUAAUAGUCAUUAAAGAUUUUUUUUUCCAAUUUGGAAUACAUUUUUAAUUUUGGUUUUCAAUUCACUGCAGUUCAGUGUUUAGUAGAAAAACCAAAAAGUAUCCGUCAUAGUUUUUUUCUAAAGUACAAAUUGUUGAGGAUUCAAAAUUAAAAUUUUUUAGUCAAAACAUUCAAAUUAUAUUUUCAAUUCAGCGAAUUUGGCCCCAGGUUUGAAAUACACAAAUAUUUGCACGGUAUUGAAUAACACUGCUGCUAAGUGUGUAGUGAAUGAGUUGGGUGCGAUGUUUGGGUCAGUGAAGAAGGUGUGUGUAUGAUGGGAGGCGGGGUGGAGAAUGCAGCUUGUGUACCAUUUUGGUGUAGGCUGAGUCAUGUUCACAGUAAUAUGUGUAUGUGGGAGGGGUGAGACAAGCUGGGUUGGGGGGGGGGGAGGAAGGAUUGCAAACGUGGCUGAGCAGGGAGUCUGCCAGCAAAGAGGACCUGCUUGUGAGAGAGAGGAGAGCGGAGGAUGGGAAUGAAUGAAGAAAAAAAUAAAUAAUUGAAGAAAAUUAGCAACACCGUGAAAAGUAGGAGAUGAAAGCUAAUUGGGAGAGAUUAAAGAAGAAAAGAACUAGUGGGAGAUAAAUAAAUGAAUGAAAUAAAGAAUAAGGGAGAGGCAGUAAGCAUUGAAAUUUAGAGUUGGAUACAUUUAAAGGAGUAAAUAAGAGAAAAGGUUAGGUGAAGACGGGAGGGGGUGUGGGACAUAGUGAAAGGGGGGUGGGAAAAGUGAAAGGGGGGGACAUGGUGAAGAAAGGAGGGAGUGUGGAACAUAGUGAGGACAGGAGGGGGUGUGGGACAUAGUGAGGACAGGAGGGGGAGUGGGACAUAGUAAAGACAGGAAGGGGUGUUGGACAUAGUGAGGACAGGAGGAGGUGUGGGAGAUAGUGAAGACAGGAGGCUCCCUUAUAAAGGUGGCUGCAGCUGUUUUACAUGCUUGGAGAGAAGGAGAGAAGGACCUUAACACCUGUAAAUCAUUAACCCCCUGCGCACACAAACACCCCACAUCAGAGUGGAGCUACUAAUGUCUCUGGAGUUUCCAUGGCUCUGUAUUAACGCGGGGAAGGGGAUUACUCAGGAGGAGAUACAGAGUAUCACUAUAUAAACCCUAUUGAUUAGCCCCAGUGAUCGGUAUGAAGGAAGUUUGCGGUUUGCGUCAAGACAUCCCCUGAACCCCCGCCAUAUGGACUUUGGAAAUUUGAAAUCACCAUCAAGAAUUGUUUCUUACCUGGGGCCGUUACCAGGAAUUGCAUUUUUUACCAUAGGUAUCACAGACGAGAGGCUUAUAUUGACCCACAUCAUCGCUGUAUGGAUCUACGGAUGGAUAUAAUAAUUGUCACUGCCAGGAUUUGUUACUGAUCAUAUAAGCAUCAUAUCAAAUGCCUAAAACAGAUCACCCUGAUUAUUGAAAUUUUUUUAUUAUUGGCAUCUGUCUGGAAACCUUAAAUUUAUUAGCAAAAGCAUCACUCCAAGGAUCUAUUAUCUCACAUUGCACAUCAGCUUAAAUGCCUACUACUUUGCACACUGGGCAUCACAUGCAGUACUCACCUUGACCACAGGGGGUGCCAUCAUCUUCUAGUCCCAAUGAGCAGUCCUGGAGUCACUCGAUGUAACAACUACUGAUCACAUCAUACCAAGCCCACUGAUCACACUGGAAAACACACUAAAGACAAAAAUACGAAGUACCUGUCGCCUGCGAUUCUCUAUGCUCUGCCUCUGAAUACACUGAGCAUCACUACCCGGGAGGGGGCUUGAAGACGUGCUUGAAGACGUGCAGGUACUCAAUACCUGCCCCUUAUCCCAUCUGCUAGUAUCCAAUAACACAUGCAUCACUAGCGGUGUGCACUAAGUUUACUAGCACUGAGCAUUCUGUAAACUACCUUAACUAUACAUCCCCAAGUAUAUUUAAUAUUGUGCCCAGACAAUACACCACAGCAUGAAACCCAUGCAGAGGCUCAUGCAGCUGCCAAUGACUGCUGUAAAUAUGGUGAAAAACCACAGAUCUGAAGAGGCCAAGAGCCCUGUUUUUAGUCCAGAUAGUGGAGGCCAGACCUUCUACAAUGCCCUGCAAGCAGACGAACUGCGGCUACUCAAAUCUCCGGAGUUGGAGCCCACAGUGGAAAGCAAUGGAUCCAGUACUGUCAGUCAACCUAUUCGGUAUGAAGUGUGCAUGGCUAUAGGUGUAUGUUUAAAAAUGUAUAAUGCACAGUAGCAUAUCUAAACAUGAGUGUAAUUAGUAACACGAUGCUAAAAGCAGAGAGUUAAGCAAUGUGAUAGGUAAACAGAUGUUUAGAGCAGGUGUAUACCGGAUCGGUUUUAACAUAAAAUGUAGAUAUUUUCGUUAGAAUUUAAAUUAGCUGGACUCUGAAUUGUUUUGAAACUUGAACAGUCAAACUGUGAAUGUAGAUAGCAUUUCAUUUUCAAUUUCAGCUCCUUUUGGCAAAAUUUUGCAAUUUACAGGGUUAUUCACCAAUGUGAGAAUUCAUAAUGAAUUCAGAGGAAAUUUCAAAUUUUACACCAACGUAUCUGAACUGGAAGCAUAGCUGAUUCAAAGAAUUUUUCCAAUUUCACUAUUUUGGCCUUAAAUUUGAAAUUCACUUUAGUGAAGAUGCCUGUCAGUUUUUAAAAUAACCUGUGUCUUUUGUGUGAGAAAAUAUGUCUUAUUCUAGCAUUGUUAAGAAAUCCCCCCUACCCCUCUAAAUAAAUGACAUUUUUAUGUUUAAGUUUAUCGAAUAAGCCCCCUUUUAAAAAAUAAAAAAAUAUAUAUUGUUUAUUUUUGUAGGAAUAAGCCCCUUUUUGCCAGGGGUUAGGAAAACUUUACAAAACUGGGUGCCUGUUUUUUGUUCACGUCUGGAGUAGUGUAGAUGAUGUGUGUACAGGACACAUAGACUAUAUGGGGAGUGACUUGGAAAGUAAAUAGAGGUGAUGACAGUGUUGGUCCACAAACAAAGCCCUCCAGAUCAGUCACAACCCAUCACCUACAUGCCAAGGAGUUCCCUAAAGUAGGAUUUUUAGAUUAUAUUCUAACAAUAUACAGAGCAGAGAUUUUUGACUCGAUGUUGAAGAGAAGUGAUACACAUAUGUGCACAAAGUUGUUUUUGCCCUGAAAAUUGAACACAUUCUGUGCGCAGAAAAAUUAUACACUCACCAGGAAAGCAACAUCACUCGCCAUAGUGUAAACAAAUAAGCAGUUGAUUCAUAUUUGGAGUGUCGGAGAUAUUUCUAGAGUGGCAGCUGAUUGGCAGAGAAGAAUCCAAAACAAUUUUAUGACAAUCUCAUUUGGAGGUAUAUUUUUGGGUGUCAGGCGGUCUCACUCACUUCAGGACAGUCCUGAUGGUAUGUAGCAUUAUCCAUUGGACCUAUGAGAGAAAAUCUAACUUAUUCUACGGUAGAUUCUAACAGUCACACUCAUUGUGUGACUGUUAGGAGAGGCAGUCUGUGUGGGAAACCCUCCUCAUUAGAGGGUUGUCCCUUUGGGUGGCCUUCCCACUCAUUGCAAGAUAGCCCCUAUGAGAAGCAGUCCCACCCAUUGGAAUAUAGUCUCUAUUGGAUACAGUCUCAUUCAUUAGAGCAGUGGUUGCCAAACCAGUCCUCAGGGCACGCCUUCCAGUCCAGGAUUUAGGGAUUAUCCAGUAAUGUCCAAGAUGUUUUCAGAAAGAUAAACACAAAACACCUUUACACAACUGGGCAAUCCCUAAAUCCUGGAUUGGUGGGCGUGCCUUGAGGACUGGUUUGAAAACCACUGCAUUGUAAGAGUAGUGCACAUGGGAUGCAAUCCCACUCAUUGGAACAUAGUCCCUAUAGGAUGCAGUUCCACUCGUGCAAAUGCAUGUCUCCCUAAAAUAAAUUUGCUCUUUUGUUUACUUUGAAACCCUAAGAGUGUGACAACGUCCAGUGUUAGUUAGGCAACUUUUUUUAUACUGUACUCUUCUAAAUAAAUCUACGUUUCUAUGAAAACUGAAGUUCUAUAUGGGACAAUCAUUGGAAGAUAGUCCCUAUGGGAUGCAGUCCCCCUUAUUGAAAGAUAGUGCCCAUGGGAUGCAGUCCCACCCAUUGGAAGAUUGUCCCUAUAGGAUGCAGUCCCAUUUUUUGGAGGUUAGUUUUUAUGGGAUGCAGUCCCCCUCACUGGAAGAAAGUCCCUAGGGGAUGCAGUCCCCCUCAUUGAAUGAUAUUGCCUGUGGGAUGCAGUCCCACUCUUUGGAAGAUAUUGCCAAUGGGAUGCAAUCCCACUCAUUGGAAUAUAGUCCCUAUGGGAUGGAAUUCCACUCAUUGGAAGAUAGUCCCUAUGGGAUGCAAUCCCACUCAUUGGAAGAUAGUCCCUAUGGUAAGCAGUCCCACCCAUUGGAAGAUAGUCCCUAUGGGAUUCAGUCAACACUCAUUGGAAGAUAGUGCCUAGGGGAUGCAGUCCCAUUUAUUGGAAGAUAGUCCCUAUGGGAUUCAGUCAACACUCAUUGGAAGAUAGUCCAUAUGGGAUGCAGUCAACACUUAUUGGAAUAUUGUCCCUAUAUGAUGCAGUCUCACUUAUUGGAAGAUAGUCCCUGUAGGAUGCAGUCCCACUCAUUGGAGGGUAGGCCGUAUGGGAUGCAGUCUCCUUCACUGGAAGAUAGUCCCUAUGGGAUACAGUCCCACUCGUUGGAAGAUAGUCCCUAUAGGAUGCAGUGUCACUUAUUGGAAGAUGGUCCCUAUAGGAUGCAGUGUCACUUAUUGGAAGAUGGUCCCGAUAGGAUGCAGUCUCACUUAUUGGAAGAUGGUCCCUAUAGAAUGCAGUGUCUCUUAUUGGAAGAUAGUCCCUAUAGGAUGCAGUCGUGUGUCUCCAAUUAACAACUAGCAACAUUGGGGAAACCGCAGAACUCUUUAAUCGGUAGCCGCCAUUCGUAUAACCGAACACGUGGCGGCGGCUAUCUUUGCUCACAGACGCCCAGCGGUGUUUGGUCGUCGAGUGCAUGGAACUAGAAUCGGCUGCUCGACCUCACGAACACUGCUGGACUUCCAUGCCGUUCGUAUUGGAUAUAUCCAUUCGUCGAACUAGAGCGGCGUUCGGUUCCCAUACCCAACUAGCCCGUGCAUUCCCGUAUAUGUUCGACUGUUCAUUCACAGGAACUCCCGAAAGAAGACCGGUAAAAGCCUACAAUUACCUGGAACUAUUUUGGGGCUCGCGUCUCGUGGCUGUCCGGUCCAUAACUUCAUUCGAAUGGCUUUUCUAUUCCAACGAACGGGAACUUUCGUGAAGUUCAGAGGCAUAUUUCUAUUCUAUUUAUUUUUAUGUUAUAUUGUAUAAUUUUCUGUACGGAGAGAUAAUGUAAUUAAAGGUGUACUCUUACGCAAUUAUCUCUCCAGUACAGAAAAGCAUGAUGGGAGAUAUUAUUGUACACUAAGUUUUCCACAGAGUCCACCAGGGGAAAGCCCCUGGAAUGUCAUUAAGGAAACCCCUUGCAUGGGGAUAUGUAUAAAACUGGCUGUGGUGCAAUAAAAGCUCAGUUGACUCCCAAACUGUGUGUCGUCCAGUUCUUGGGAAAAAAGGAUUGUACUUAUCACGCUACUUGUAUUUUGUAUGCUGACUACGACUACCAGCAGAGAUAUCGUGGAUGAUACCUCUACUCCGCUACAGCCUCCCAAUGCUUUCCUAAGGAUCAUCACACUCAUAGAACUUCAAAAUCAUAUAGAUAACGCCAUAUAGAUCAUAAGAUAACGCAAUUUUUUUUUACAGCUGUAAACUGGAAUACAUUCACCAUUUCAGUACCAUUACCAAACUUUUCUUAUUAUGUCAAGGUAGUUGGACUGAAACAUUGGUUAUAUGCAAAUGCGCAUCUGCUUAAAAUAAAUUUGCUCUUUCGUUUCCUUUGAAAACCUAAGAGUGUGACGACGUCCAGUGUUAGUUAGGCAACUUUUUUUAUACUGUACUCUUCUACAUAAACCUAUGUUUCUAUGAAAACUGAAGUUUUUUUGCGGCCCACAUAAACUAUAGUGCCCUGAGGGUGCCCUCACCCUCAGGGUCCCACUCCCGCCCGGCUCUGGAAGGGAGAAAGGGGUAAAAACUUACCUUUUUCCAGUGCUGGGCGGGGAGCUCUCCUCCUCCUCUCCGCCUCCGAUCCGCCCCGUCGGCUGAAUGCGCACACGCGGCAAGAGCUGCGCGCGCAUUCAGCCGGUCGCAUAGGAAAGCAUUAUCAAUGAAAAUCACAGUGAGAAGCACGCAAGCGCCUCUAGCGGCUGUCAAUGAGACAGCCACUAGAGGCUUUGGGGGAAGGCUUAACCCAUUGAUAAACAUAGCAGUUUCUCUGAAACUGCUAUGUUUAUAAAAGAAUGGGUUAAGCCUAGCUGGACCUGGCACCAAGACCACUUCAUUAAGCUGAAGUGGUCUGAGUGCCUAGAGUGGUCCUUUAAAUCUUGUUUAUUUGGCCUGUGUAAGCCUUAGAGUUUGAAAUGCUUGAUUUACAAAGAAUAGGCUAUAAAUAUCGGUAAUACAGUAGGUUCAAGAUAUGCAUACAAGCAAGGAAAGUUCCCUGACGUAUCGUAGAUAAAUAAAAAAGUAUGCAAGGUACACAGUGCCAUUAAACACAAGAAUCACAGUUAGAACCACAGAACUGCAAUCCUUUUAAACCAGAGAGUGUGUGAAUGGGUUUCGCCAAAGUACCCGAGUUUGCGUCAGGGGGCAUUGCACAUUUCCUUUGCUUUGUAAAUCGGACAGAAGAUUGCUACUUAUAGCUGGAAAAAUUCUUAAUUCGAUCUAUUUCAGCCUAGAAUUUGCAAUUUUCUGGUAAUUUUCAAAAAUGCUGGUAGAAUUCCCAGUCUCGCCUCUCUCUUUUCUCCCUAAUCUUAUAAUGUCAGUAAAUUUGCUGUCACUAAUUAAAAAAAAAAAAAGAGAGAGAGAAUCUUAAAAUUGGAAAUUGUUUAUAUAAACUGCUAUUUUUAUGUAAAAGGGUCAUGUAGGGGUAUUUUGAGCCAUCUUGAUUAAUUUAAUUAUCAGUAUAAAAAGAUCUUUUUUCCUUAAGUAUUUUUUUUGUUUGUUUGAAUACUUUUUAUUUUGAACUUUUAUUAUAUUGUCAAUGAAUGAAAGAGCUGCUUCUCACUUAUCCCAUGUAAAAAGAUAUUUAGCCAGUGUUAUUGCAGUGUGACUUACAGGGAACGUAGUUUACCAUCUGAAGCCUCCUAUCUUCUUUCACAGAAGUGCAACCUGAGACCAUUGCUAAAUAUUUCACAGUCCAGUGUCAGGUUAUGUGGCAUCUGGAAAAGCAAACAUUAACUUUCUUAUAAAAAGUACAAUCAUUCACUUUGCUUGGUGGGCACUUUCAAUGUUUUUUACUCAAAUGUAUUUCUUCCAUCCAUUUCAAAUAUAUGCCAUGUGGAUUAAUGGUAACUCACACUUCAAACAUUACAAAGUUAAAUAUUGAGGGGUUAAUUUUAUAAACCCUAAAUUGUAGAAAAUGGAAAUUUGAAAGGCAGAAUUCAGGCUAAAAAAAAGCUAAUCUGGAAAAACUCAACAACGUAACAACUACCAUUACAGCUUGGCUGUUGUAGCCUAAAUUGCAACAUUCAGGCUAAAAUAGGUGAGCGUAAACUAUAGGUGAGUUAGAAAAAUCUUUCCAAAUAAGCACUUUAUGCCUACAUAUUGCAAUUGAUUAUAUGUAUAAUACAAAUUCAAAAUUUAAAUUUGCACAUAAGUUACGUUGGGCACAGAGAAACCAUGUUUAUGAAUUCUCCCAGAAUUCCCAGGUCAAUAUGCAAAUUAGAAGAGAUAUCAUGUUUGGAGCACUAACUAAACCAGAGACAAACCAUGAACUGUAUGGGUCUCAUCAGCAGGGUGCUGGUUCUGGUCAGGAGCCUUUCUUAUAGCAUGAAGCUAAGAAUAAAAAUAGAAAGAAUUGUGGUUAGACAAAACAUUCCCCCUGAUUGCAAAUUCAAAACAUUCCCCCUCAUUGCAAAUUAAAAACAUUCACCCUCACUGUUGAGCAAGAGCUACACAUCUUAACCUUGGGAAAAGUAUGCAUUGGGCACUUCGUAUAUUAUAUAUAUGUUUAGUCUACUUGGAAUGUCCUGUUAGGGAAACAUGCUAAUACUUUGGGGCGAGGACCUAAACUUUGCAUUACUCCCAAUAUUUAAAAUGGCCAAAGAGAGAUAUUUUUGUUCUAAGACGCUUGGAGUAUGGCCAAAUAGUUCAUUAUCCUACAACAUUUUAUCUGACUUCAAGAUCUGCUGAUCUGACUAACUUUUACAUAACUGAAUGAGUCAUUCAGACCAAUACAAAUUGAUUUAUUUUAACAGCAGCAAUGAUGAAUUCUAACAGCCUCUUGUGCAUUUUUAUGAUUGCAAAACGUGUUUUUUUUUUUUUUUUUUACAUGCGGUACAGUACCAUUUUUCACCAAUCUGAUAAUGGCAAAAGGAGUGUCAGAAAAUAGAGGAAAUGUGGGAUUGAGAUUGCGUCACCAUCAUUAACAGCUCAUCAGCAGUUCUUAACGUGUCUAUAAAUAUGAGAUAGCAAUUUUCCUAAAUUUUGAGGACACACCUUCUGGAAUAAAAGGGAAUCAUGACAGAAUAUUUCCGUCAUGUGUCCUUAAGGGGUUAAUGAAUGAACAAAUAUAAUAAUAAAAACAAUUAUAAUUUGAUUCCUUAGCAAACCAUGAAGUAAUAUGGUGGCGGACUCUAGAUUUACUUAACCCGUUUUUCAAUGUAUGUUUUUAUUUAUAGACACGAUGACCUGAAAGAGAUGUUGGACAGUAAUAAAGAUUCUCUGAAGCUGGAAGCUAUGAAAAGGAUCGUAGCCGUGAGUAUAAUCUCCUAUCACCUUCCCUAUAGCCCUGCAGAACAUACAAUGCAUUGUGCUGUCCCUUCCAUGUCAUGCCAUAAUUCCUCUUCUAUACUCUUUCAUCCUCAGAUGAUCGCAAGAGGAAAGAACACAUCGGACCUAUUCCCAGCUGUGGUGAAAAACGUGGCUUGCAAGAACAUAGAGGUACGGUGAAAAUAAUAUCACAAGUUCAUCGCCUUCAAUAAGGUGUGAGGUAGCGUUAUCUCAUUCAAAAAGGAAAUUACUUCAAGCUAUAUUUCAAAAUAUCCCCUCUAGCGGGAUAUGCAACUCUACAUACCCCGUCACUGAUAACUAACCCAAUGACUGGCUGAGGACCUUGGGGAAUGUAGUCCAUCUUUAAUGAUGUCAGCUGUUGUGCACUACAUUGUAUCAUUUAUUGAGCAUUGCGGAGGAUGAUUUUUAUAACUUAAGUUAUUUAUGAAUUUAUUCUCAUAGUCAUGAGCUGAGAAUCUGUAAUCCUUCCUUGGGUACUGGAGUGUUCUGUACUUUUAUAUUCCAGGUGAAGAAGUUGGUUUAUGUCUAUUUGGUCCGAUACGCUGAGGAACAACAGGAUUUAGCACUGCUCUCCAUCUCCACCUUUCAACGAGGGUUAAAGGUCAGAUGUUACCACUGUUUUUACAAUGUGUCCUCCUCAGGGCUUUAUCCUGAAGCACUAAUAAUAAAGAAUAGUGACAUUUAACUCAAAGUAACCUUCUAAUUCAAUCCACAAAGCGUUCCUAAUUACCAUUGUUCUCAAGCUGCGUUUUGCUUAUAUCUCACUACCUGUGGCUGACAAUAGGUGAUAUAUAUGUUUCAUUUUAGCAUCAGAUUAUCAUAUGAAAUGCUUUGCUUUUUCCUCCAAUGCACUGCUAUCCAGCAUAAAGAUGAGAUGAUUUUUCUGAUAACCAAAUGGCAACAGCCAGCAUCUCAGUUUGUAAUAAUGCUAAUGCAGACUGUAUAUACCAUACUCCAUUAUAUGUUUAUUCAGUGACUGUGCUUUGCUUUCUCAGGAUCCCAAUCAGCUGAUCCGUGCCAGUGCCCUGCGUGUUCUUUCCAGUAUCCGGGUGCCAAUCAUUGUGCCAAUCAUGAUGUUGGCAAUAAAGGAGGCGGCCUCAGACAUGUCACCCUAUGUGCGCAAAACAGCAGCUCAUGCUAUCCCUAAACUGUACAGGUAACAGCACUGCUCACAGAUCGUAAAAGCUACACACACGAUUUCCAUCUCAAAAUGACAUUAGAGAGAUUAUGAUUGGCCAUAUAUUCCUGGACAACUAUGAUUUCCACAUUCUGCCUGGGAAAUCACUCUAGUAAUCCUGGUGGUUCCUAUGGGGGCAUUAACUGGUAUCUUGUGUAACAUCGGAAUUUAAGUUCUGCUGGACAGCACUAUUUGUGUCACGCUCAACACUAUGUGAAUUCUACAAACUACUGGGCCACACUAUUCCUGUACCUAACUGUACCAUGUGAAUUCUGAAUACUCACAGGCAGCACUCUGCAUAUCCCAUCUAUGUAGCUCAUGGUACGACCCAUAUUAAAAGCCAUAAAAGUCAACAAAGCUGCAGCCAUGUGUAAAAUCUAUCUAAACUGCCCACGUAUGUAAGCUAAUCAGACUGGGUCAUUUUAUAUUGUCUCAUAAUCUAUUCCUUGUUAUGUAAGUGGGUGAUACAUCUAAUGAAUUAUUCUAUUCCUAUCAGUGUAAUGAAUAAUGAAAGUACCUCCACUAUUGCAGGUUUUCUGUUACUCUGUACAAUAGCACAGGCAGCUUAAUACGUGUCUCAUUCUCUGCCGUAUCACAUAUACUAAUGACUGGUAACCAGCAUAACUGUUUGAUAAUUGUCAACCUGCUAACAACUGCUUAUGAUUAUCAAUGUCACUUUUCUGGCGCUUUUGACACCUUUAACAUUUUAUUUUUUUUAAAAGUGUCCUCUACCUUAUGUUAAGUUUUCUAGCUUAAAGGGACACUCAUCUGCCCAAAUACAAAUUAAAUAAAAAUAGCGGUUUAGUAGAUGUACCCAAAAUGUAAACUUUCCUGCAUUUAAUUAUGCAUAUUUUCAUUGGGGAUAAAUCUAAAAACAGCUUGCAAAAGCUGCAGAUCUCUUGUCCGCUGCCUUUGCAAACCCUCCCUUUAUAACCUCUCCCAGACUUGGACUCUGUGUCUGUCCAAUCACAGACUUCCCAGGUAUUUGCAGGUACUCUGGGCAAUUGCUGCCUCUUGAGUUUAUCUCUACUGAGACAACCAAAACAGGAAAUAACAGAACUGGUUGUCUGCUUGUAGCCAGGUAAAUUUAUAAAAAUGUUUUUUUGCAAAUUGAAAAAAGAGGACACACUUUUAUCACAUAAAGCUUUUCAGCAAGCUGAAGCGCUUUAGGGGUCUAGAGUGUCCCCUUAAGUGAACACAAUUACUCCAUCCAUUUUGUCUAUUGAUAACCUCACGAUCUUGCAGUUUCGAUCUUGAAAUAGUGUAGGGUUAAAGCUGAUGAAUGAAGUUAAAGGGACACUCCAGGCACCCAGACCACUUCUGCCCAUUGGAGUGGUCUGGGUUCCAACUCCCACUACUCUUAACCCUGCAAGUGUAAUUAUUGCAGUUUUUUUCUAAACUGCAAUAAUUACCUUUCAGGGUUAACUCCACCUCUAGUGGCUGUCUGCUAGACAGCCACUAGAAUGCACUUCCGUAUCCCUAGCACAGGAAACCUGUGCUAGAGCGUCGCUGGAUGUCCUCAUCCUGUGUGAGGACCUCCAGCGUUGCUCAAUUCCCCAUAGGAAAGCAUUGAAAAGCAUUUUCAAUGUUUUCCUAUGGGGAGCUCUAAUGCGCAUGCGCAGCAUUUCCGCGCAUGCGCAUUAGGUCUCCCCGGCCUGUGGCCGACGCAAUCACUGGGAGGAGCGGCGGCGGAGGAAGAAGCACUGACAUGGGACAUUGUCGCUACCUCUGGUAAGUGACUGAAGGGGUUUUCACCCCUUCAGCAACCGGGGAUUGGGGGGUGGGAGGGAGAGGGGACCUGCCGUGCCAGGAAAACUGAUUGUUUUCGUGGCACUGGAGUUUCCCUUUAAAGGGACACUCUAGGCACCCAGACCACUUUAGCUCAUUGAAGUGGUCUGGGUGCAGGGUCCCUGUCCCUCUUAGUUUUGCAAUGUAAAUCCUUUCAGUUUUUUAGAAGCUGCAAUAUUUACAUUGCAAAACUAAGACUGCCUCUAAUGGCUGUCAAUCAGCACUUCCUGGUGGCUAAUCAACUUUUGGUCGCCUAACUGAUGCUGGACGUCCUCACGCUCUGCAUGAGGACAUCCAAUGUCAGUAAAAUCUCCAUAGGAAAGCAUUGAAGCAAUGCGUUCCUGUAGGGAGUGCCUCAAGCACUUGCGGCGCUUGCUGAGCAUUAGCCCCCCGUGACCCUAUCAGAUGACAUUGGCGGAAGUAGAGUGCCAAUCCAGCGGAGAGGGAGAAUUACAAUUCAAUGUUAUCAGCUCUGGUACUUUUACAUUGUGAUCAUGUUUAGAAAAUGUUAAUGAUCACAUAUUGGCACUAGAUUGUGAUCAGAACCAAUUAUCUGUUAUCACGUUGUGCAGGAAUCAAAAUCAUGUUCGUUGCACAUUUCAUUGCUAUAAAGAUUAUUUCCAUCGUGUCAUAGUCACUGGAAACCGGGGGAAUUUUCCUGCUGAGUGCUGGCAAUUAUGUCUGCCUUCCUCUGAUACUAUACAUCCCUGUCGCUCUCUCAUUCUGCUUUAGUUUGUUAUCCUCCUUUUUCCCCUCCUAUCUUUGCAGCUUGGAUUCAGACCAAAAAGAUCAGCUCAUCGAAGUGAUAGAAAAGCUUCUGUCUGAUAAAACUACAGUGAGUUUCCUCCAUGGUCACAUAUUGCACUGUGCUUGAACUGUGUCUAAGUGCCCUGUAGAGAUGUGAAUCCCCCUUGUUUUCUCCCCAAAGCUGGUCGCGGGUAGCGUCGUCAUGGCAUUUGAAGAAGUCUGUCCGGAGCGAAUUGACCUGAUCCAUAAGAAUUACCGCAAGCUUUGUAACCUGCUCAUUGAUGUAGAGGAAUGGGGGCAGGUGGUGAUUAUCAACAUGCUGACUCGCUACGCACGCACCCAGUUCUUAAACCCCAACCAAAAUGUAAGCGUUACACAGAGCAUCCCGUAUCUUGCUUUAUUAUUAUUUAUUGCUCAUGUUGUUAUCUUAUUCAAAGGCAAAAUAUAAAUUUACAAGAUAAUUUACUGAAGUCCGAAUGGCCGCUUACCUAAUGGGGCAAAACCAUCCGGAAGUGUACGGAGCCAUUCGCACUGCAAAAUCUAAAUAUUGUUCAUGCUGUUCUAUAAUGUUUGGAUUUUGUAAAUCAGGCCCCAAAUGUGUCUGAAUUUGGUACGGAUUUCAACCCCCAGUACCCACCUAUGGGCAUUGGGUGAGGGAGAUUUAAAUAAAAGAAAUGGGGUGUAGACAGAUUACCGUCGACCCCCUUGACCUCACCUAUGUCCAUCGGGUGGAGAUUUUAAUAAAAAAAAAAAGGGGGUGAAGAUUGAUUAAUUUUUGUUGCGGUCUGUUUUAAAAUUUUUGCCAGCGUUUUUGUUUUGUUUUUUGCAAAUAAGCGUUUUUUUUUUAAAUUUUCAUUAGUUAGCGUAGAUUAUGAUGGAUUGUUAUUUGUCUUUUUUUGGCUGAUGAAAAGAAGAAAUAGAAGUAUAGAACGUUGGCCAGCCGCCACAUAAUUAACCCUCACACUGCCGAGGGUUAUUUAACUAUUUGCCCGCUCGCUGCUAGCAAUGCCAACAGGCAAAUAGUACUUACAAUUAUCAUUGACUUGCAAGUGAAUGAUUAUUUGUGAACGUACUUUCUGCUGAAUGCAUUCUGCCCCGAAUUUUAUUAAAACUGGUGCUUUGUGAAUCUUCCAAAUCCCAUACUUUAUAUAGGAUUCGGAUGCAAAAGCACCAAUUUUAAUCCAGGCACCGAAUGUAUUCCGACCACAUUUGGCUUCAGUGAAUAUGAGAAUUGCCAAAGAGGUCAGAAUUCAUCCAUUCUAUUGAAUAAUCCCGUCAAUCUGAAACUGAUGUGUAAAAACAGUAUUGCUAAAUAAAGGAAAAGUAUAUAAAUGGGCAAAGUUAAAUCAAUUCAUCAAUAAACUUAAACUCCAUGCUUUAUUUCCCUUCAAUUAAAAGCAAUGACAUUUGAAUUCACUUGUAAUAAAGAACAGCCAAAAAUAUUAAGCUUUUCACCAAAGCUGCUUAUUCAAUAGUUUGGGGCUAAUAUAAAAUGCAGCUCUUUAUGAAGCACCCCUAUAUCCCAUUCACAACUGUACAUGUAAAUCUAGUUGAUGAAUUGUAGGAUAUAAAAAAGGCAGUUUUUCUUUCCUUACGUAACAUUACAUGUAAAAUCCAAUCGCAUAUAUAACAAAAUGUGCAAAAUAUGUUAAAGAUAUAUUUUAUGUAACUCCCUAAAAAGAAACUAACCAAUGAAGAAUAGCGAAGUAAAAGUAAAAAUGAAAUUGAAUGUUAAAUAGAAAAGAAUUAAUGAUUAUCAUAAAAAAGGGGGGGCAACACUCCUACAGUACCUGUAUAUCAUUACAUACAACAUCUAAUACAUCAUUACAGAGAUAGAAAGAACCAAAGAUUUAAAAUUAAAAAUAAAAACUACUUUUAAAUAUUGUACACAGCAAACAGAGUGGUCAACAGCAAGACCCUAAAGGGACACUUUAAGCACCAAAAAAACUUUAGCUUAAUACAGUUGUUUUGGUGUAUAGAUCAUGCCCCUCUUAUUACUCAGUUCUCUGCCAUUGAGAAGUUAAAUAUUUUUACUUAUGCAGCCCUAGCCACAACUCCUCUGGCUAAGACUCACUCAUCCUUCUUAACCACUUUACGAAGAAGAAUUGAAAUGUUUAAACUUCCUUUAUUGCACAGUCUGUUUAAUUUAGAAUUUCAGAUCUCCUGCUCUGUUAAUAGACGUCUAGAGCCUGCAACAUGCAUGCGUGAUUAGAGUUCAAUUAGCAGAGCAUUAGAUAAGAACUUCUAAUGAUUGAAAAUGAAACCACUUAUUUCAUGGAGGCUAUGUGAUUCACAGCCAGGAGAGGUGUGGCUAGGGCUGCAUAAACAAGGUGAUUUAACAUUAACCUGUUUCUACCGGAUCUAUGGCAGGAGUCUCUACUUGAAGAGAACCCAGAGAAAGCUUUUUAUGGAUCAGAUGAUGAUGAAGGAAGUAAAGAGCAGAAAUCAGAACCAGUAGUGAAACGCAAACCAUACGUCAUGGACCCCGAUCACCGUCUUCUACUUCGGAACACAAAACCCCUCCUGCAAAGCCGCAAUGCCGCAGUAAGCUAUCUCACCUGUAUCUUUUAUGUGCUUUAGAAAACUACACCGUUGAUGAAAAUUUUUUAGUAGUAUAUUGAUAGCUAUUUGUUAGUCUGCAUUUUUAUACGUCCAGUCCAGAGAGCAGGGCAAGGGUUCAGCCAUUUUGCAGGCUAUGCAUAUUUAACCAAAGAUAUCCAAGUACAGGUUCUCAGAUUUAUUUAUCAAUCUCUCCUUUGUAUCUGCUUUCAUUGCAGUUCCACAAUGAUCUGUCCCUCCCAAUCUCCCCGCCUUUGUCUCUUUUUCUCCUAUUCUCUUGUCCCCUCUCUAGCCCCCUUUCUCUGUUAUAAUUGUGGGUUCCUGCUGUAUCUGCAGAAGAUAUUGUUGUUUUCACCGCCUUCGGUGCCUUUUUGAGAUAUUUUUUUAUUUUACAUUAUUAUUUUUACUGGAAACCUAAAAAAACAAAACAAUAGGCGUUUGCAUAUUUGUAUUGUUAUUUUUGCCACCUGGGUUGGAGUAAUAUAUUGAUUACUAUCUUUUCUUUAGGUGGUUAUGGCAGUGGCUCAGUUGUAUUUCCACCUGGCUCCAAAAGCAGAAGUUGGAGUUAUCGCAAAGGCUUUAGUGCGUUUACUCCGCAGCCACAGGUAGGAGAAGCAGCACCCAAAAUGCCAAUAUCGUCAUUGGAAAUCACUUGUAAGCUGUCUGUUAUUCUGUUAGUGUUCAGGCUUGUGCCUGCAGCUAACUGAUCUAGUUCCCAGCGUUGCUUUCUAUGUCCCGUCUGACUUCACUGUUCCCUCAUGAAGUUUAGUCAAAUGCUUCUCAAAGAGAAUCAUUUGAUGGACCCAUUCCUCACACGCUGUCCUCCUGCACUAUGCAAAGCUACCAACACUGGUUUCCAUGCAAGAUCCAGUCAAAUGCUUGGAGGAAGUAGGUGGUGGACAAGAUACAUUUAAAAAAAAUAAAUCAAAAACUAAUAACUGUAAAUGCGGAUAUGUAUCUCACGAAAGGAGGGACAUUGGGAAGGGAAACGUAAGCUUCCCCUUGCAGGCACAGCCCCAUGACUGCCUGCGGGGUUAGUAACGCAUUAUGUUUGUUGUCUGCUCGCAGUCUGCGCGGAUGACAGACAAAUUCUUUAUACAGAAUUAACAUUAUGCAAUUAUGGAAUAGAGUUCUGGGCUGCUGGGUGUGCAACUAGAACCCAACACAAACGUGCAUAUUUCUCUGUAUGUGCAGCACUUCAAGUAGAAAUGCUGCACUCACAGAUUCCUACCACCAUGACCACUUCUAAGUGCAGAGAUGGUCAUGGUACGUAAAAAAAACCUUGUUACUGACCACCGUACGGUUAAUGUUCAGAGCUGUCUGUCUGCUAAGGCUAUUUACUAAAGUGUGACUUUACACAAUAGCCAAACAGGAAAAAAAUAUCUCCAAUGCGGCUGUUUUCAGUUUUGCUGGUUGUAAAACUAUCUAUGAAUUCCAAGCCGUUCACACUUUAUGAAUAACUCUGUCUGUCUCUGAAACGCUGUCUGCUUGAUGAAGGGACCUGAGUGAUCUUUAAAUAGAAGUAUAAUUAGUUAGCCAAAAAUAUAUCACCUUCACUAAUAUCAUGUAUUCUGGUUAUUCACUAAAUUGAAGUGAAUCUACCUGAGAAUGUAUUAUUUUAGGACAAUACAGCCAAACUGAUCAGGCUGCUGAUUUUGUUGUAAGAUUCUGGUCAAAUCCCAGUUAAACGUCUCUCAUUUACUUUCUCAACUCUUCACUUGUUUGUUUUGUUUAGAAUUGUCAAAAUAUUUAUGAUUUGUCUCUCUCACUUUUCUCCUACACUAGUGAGGUACAGUACGUGGUACUUCAGAAUGUGGCCACUAUGUCCAUCAAGAGAAGGGUAAGUCUGAUACGAGUGACAUGGGGUUUCUCCAUCUAUUAAUGGAAUCUGAUAUAUGCAUUGGGGAUAGGGGCUGUAGUGGGGGGGGGAGGCUAGGGCUGUGGUGAGGGAUAUGUGCUGUAGUUGGGGGAUAGUUGCUGGCGUGGUUGGAUAGGGGCUGUAGUGGUGUAGUGGGGGAAGGGUAAUAGUGGCUAUACUGGGAGGACAGGGGCCUGUAAUGGGAGGACUAGGAUUGUAGCAUGGGGAAGCUGAAAAGCCACUUAAAAAUGUUUACCCUCUCUCUGAUGCUUACCUUACCUUGGGCCAGGGAGGGGGGAAUCCGAUCCUUGGUGGUCUGGUGGGAGAUGUUGCUGUCUGCAGACAGAUCCUUCUGGCCAGUGCCGGGGCAUUGUAUCAAAGCGUUGCCGUGAUACGUUAUUGAGCGUCAGCCCUGCUGGCUCUCCUGGCCCCACAAUAGGAAAAUCGGCUGGCUGGUAAGGGAGAUCUUUAAACCUGGCCCGAGUUAAACCACUGCUACAAUCCCUAGCCAUUGCCUGGUAAAACAUGGGAAAUCCAAAACAGCUGGGGAUUUAUUUUUUUGGCUUCCCUGCCAAGCUGAUCAACAGAUUGAUUUGAGAGGCUUGUUACAGUGUUGUUAUACUUACCUGGGAAAUGAUGCUCUCACAUUCUAAGAACAUGCGUCAGGUGUGGUUAACCCACCACAGGGGCUUCAUAAACCUCUCUCCAGAGAUAGAUCUGCUGGCUUGGACAGCAAACAGUCUGCACACUUUGUGUGCUCACCUCAGUCCACUUGUUGCCUAACUGUCAGGAUUAGUCACUCAACUUUCAGCAUUAAAAGUUAAUAUUAGAUUUUACUCCAAAAUAGUAACUGUUGUUUUCAGUUCUUCUAUUAUGACCUGAAUUUUGAAACCACACUAGUAAAUAAAUAGUCCUGCAUUUUGUGACCAGUUUGCCAUCAGUGAUCAAUGUACCUAAGUUGUACAUUACGUAUACACAGGGAUACCUUGACGAUUUUAUUUAUAUUCUCCCAAUUGUUGCCAUUGAAUCAGGCCAGUAAUUUGAAGAUCCUGGUUGAAACAUUUGUUUAUUUUACUUUUCUCCACAGGGGAUGUUUGAACCAUAUUUAAAAAGUUUCUACAUCAGAUCCACCGACCCGACCCAGAUCAAGAUUCUGAAGGUAACACCAAGCAUAUGUCUUGCAUUUUUUUUUUAUUACUUACUUAUAAUAGCAUUAUUAUCACGGUUGUCGAGUUGUCGUCUUAAAAUGCAUGUUAGAAAUUGUUUUUUUAUCCACAAUCCUUUUGUUUAUGGUUGAAUGGUUAUCAUGGAUUGAAUGUUCAGAAUUUAGUAUAUUCUUGGAAUAAAAGUAUAUUAGCUUCCCUUCCUAAUCAUUUCCUUUAUAUGGACUAUGCAGUGUUUCUGGUAAUGACAACGUAAUCAUAAUAACCUUUUAUCGUUUCUUAUUUCCUUUUAUUUUAAAGCUGGAAGUCUUAACAAACCUGGCUAACGAAACCAAUAUUUCCACCAUCUUGCGGGAAUUCCAGGUAAUUCUUUGAAAUCUUUGUUGGUAUAAUUAUGAGGGUUUCUGAAGAAGUGUUACAGUGGUCACGAAAUGCGUCAGAUUGAUUCAAUCCUUCUACUGUAAGCCUUAACCGUGGUGUUGCUUCAGUAAACAUUCUCCUUUUUUCUUUACUUCUUAUGGAUUGAGACUUUAUUUUUUCUUCUGAGGAGAAAUCCGGUAUUUCUAUUUAAUUCUGGUUUCUGAUGAAUAACUGUUUCUUUAACCCCUUCCCGACGUUAGAGUCUGCUCUGCCAUCCUACGAAAGGAGGGCUUUAAUGACUUUGGGCAGCAUAGCACACCUUAACAACUUGGCCCUCUCUACCAUCCGGAUACUUACCUACAGUGGUGAUUGCAUUCGCGGGACGGCAGCCGGUCUAGCCAAUCUGAGUCAUGUGACCAUGCUGACACUGUGAUCACAUGACUCCGAUCAGCUGGAUUGAAUGCAGGGGGACUGUCUGGUGUGUCAGGCAGGUCCUCCGAUAUACAAUCAUUAGUAUGAUAUAAUAUACAUCAAAAUAUGCUUGGAAUUAAAUAUAUAUAAUUUAAUUCUAAGAAAUACCAGGUAAUUUAAUUUGAAACCCUUAUAUUUGACUCUAUAACUUUCCAAAACCCAAUAAAACGUGUACAUGAGGGGCAUCGUUGUACUUGUGAAACAUCACAGCAUACAAAUUUGUGUUUUAUUUCCACAAAAGCUAUUAUGAAAUUCACAAUUAAAAUGGCAUGCAGAGUCCACAUUGUCUGUGGGGCCUGCGAGCCCGCACUGCUACCCAACCUUACAAUGUUGCUGAUUUACUCUAUGCCCUCACCAAGUAUGGACCUGCGAGUCCAAACGAAGUAGGACUGCCUUGAUUUGAAAAAUGAAAAUAAAAAUCAUAUUUACAAAAAAAAUAAAUGGCAUGCAGAACUUGGAAAAUUACAUAAUUUCUCCCACUAUUUUAGGUUUUAUCAAUAUUAAAUUAUGUUUCAUAAUUUCAUAUUAAAUUAUGUCCUUAUUACAGACUUUAAAAGAAUGGACGUCUAUAAAAAAGAAGUUGAAUAUUAACAGGAAAAUAUAUGAGAAUUUGAGUUUGAGGUCGUUGGAAAGUUUUAUGCUAGAGAUAAACCUGUCAAAUUGGUAUAAAGAUUUUAACUACAAGAUAAAAGAUCUCUAUAAGGACCAUCAACUAAAAAGUUUUGAUGUUUUGAAAAAUUGGCUAGAUUUACCCUCUAGAGAACUAUUUAACUUCCUCCGUAUUAAGAGCUAUCUGAAAGAUAAUAUAUUGGUUUUAGAAGGCCGACUUGGAAUAAUUUUCAGGAAACUUUUUUCGGGGGAUCCUGUUAAAAGGGUUUUCUCUAUUGCAGUCGAACUAAUAAAGAUGUUAGGGACUCCUCUCAUUCCUAAAGCUUUAACUAAAUGGGAAACCGAGUUAGCAAUUUCUAUUCCUUUUGAUAACUGGUGUAAAUCCUUUGUGAGGACCAAAAAAAUUAUUCAUUGUUUGAAUAUUUUAGAGACCUUUAUAAAGGUGUUGUAUAGAUGGUACUUGGUUCCUAUCAGACUUGCUAAAAUUUCUGUUACUAACCCGUCUAAUUGUUGGCGAUGUUUUCAUCUUGAUGGAUCAAUGGUUCAUAUAUGGUGGUCUUGCCACCGAAUCAAAUCUCUCUGGAUGAUUACAUAUGAAUUUAUAAAUAGAUUGGGAGGUUCUUAUUUGGAAUUCAAACCGGAAAUUGCUUUACUCCAUCUUUUGGGCUCAGAGAUAAAGGAUAAUUUUGAUAUUGUGAUCAUACAUUGCUUAAUGGCUACUAAAAUUUUAAUUGCUAGAUUUUGGAAAAGUUCUGAUAUUCCCACGAGAGAUCAACUUAAAGCACAACUUUUAUUCCAAGUUGAGAUGGAAAAGGAAUUAAUGUCUAUGAGAGAAUUUUCUAAUUUGAAGGCCCUGACGUUCUAUUCUAGCCUUGUCCAAAAAAUUAAGAGGCUUUAGGGUAAAUGAUUUAGUGGGGUACCUUUACGACUUCCCCGCGGUUGGUAGAGUGUUCUCAGAGGGGGUUCUAUUAUUAGUCGCCUUUGCCUUAUAUUGUUUAUUCUUUUCCUUAAAAGGUGGUUUUGGAUCUGCAACACAUACGACCAGUUUUGUCUUGUCUUUUGUCUUUGUUUCUUUUUUUGUUUAAUAUAUUUAUAAGGUUCUGUACAGGCCGUUUUUGGACUACGAUAUGCAGCUGAGGGGAUGUACGUAUUCCCAGUUUAUGUCCUAGACGGCUUAGUGAGGAAAUUUGAAAUAGAAAAUUGUUCAUGUAUGUAUGUCUAAUACGGAUGGGAAUCCUUAUUUUUUUUUCUUCUGUAAGAUUCCCUUCUAUGGAUGUUGUCUUUGUCUAUUAAUACUUUCAUGAAAAACUGUAAUAAAAAAGAAUUAAAUAAAAAAAAAUAAUAAAUAAAUAAAAUAAAAAAAUUAUGUUUCAUUUAUAAAACAUUUACUUAAUGUGAAAUGAAAGCCCUUUUUCUCUUGAACAAAAAAAUAUAUAAUAGGUGUGGAUACAUUUAAAAUGAAUUAGGUAAAUUAUUGAUAAAUAUACAAAUAUAGAAUAUAUUUUAAAUUUAAGUGUCCCUCAGUAUUAGCAUUCUCAGAUAAAAUGUGGAUUUGCAAUGUUCUGGGGACAUUCUCAAACUGAUCAACAUUUAGUAUUGUGGAUUAUGAUGUCUCCAGAAUCUUUCCGUGGUAUUUGUGGUGCAAAUCUUCAGAUUUCACAUCUUUACACUAAUUCCACAAUUUAGUACCUUUUAAGAAAGCACUAUUUAUUAAUGAAAAUAAUGGACCAAUGAUGACCUUCAAUGUCUUACAUUCCUCAGACAUACAUCCGUAGCAUGGAUAAAGACUUCGUGGCUGCUACUAUACAGGCUAUUGGCAGAUGUGCUACCAACAUUGGUAAAGUGCGAGACACCUGCCUUAAUGGGCUCGUCCAACUGCUGUCCAACCGGGAUGGUAAGAAAGAUGACAUGGGUAAAAAUAAUUAUUAGCUAGACUGAGAAUGAACAAUGAUCGAUUUUGCAUGAAUCCGAUUUAUGUGAAAACUAUUUCUCCUUCACGUAAACACAUGAUUGUUGUUUUGCAGAACUAGUGGUGGCAGAGUCUGUGGUGGUGAUAAAGAAGCUGUUACAGAUGCAACCAGCACAGCACAGCGAGAUAAUUAAACACAUGGCCAAAUUAACUGACAAUAUCCAGGUAGGUCAGAUUGUCCGAAGUUGAGCUAAGCUUUAAAUCAGAGAAUAAUAGAAGCGGGACUGCACUCAUGGAGUCCAUGUGCUUUGUUUGCCUGAUGUCUGGAUGUUUAUUUGUGAUGGAAUGUCCAGGUUCUUAGUUACAGAGUGCUGCGGUAUGGGUGGUUCUAGUUUGGACAUUACUGUGACUUAAUCUUCCUUUGUUGUUUUCUAGGUGCCCAUGGCUCGCGCCAGCAUAAUUUGGCUCAUUGGUGAGUAUUGUGAACAUGUUCCAAAAAUUGCUCCUGAUGUACUGAGGAAGAUGGCCAAAUCCUUCACUAAUGAGGAAGACAUUGUUAAACUCCAGACCAUCAACUUGGCUGCCAAGCUGUACUUGACUAACUCCAAGCAGGUUCGUAAAGAGUGGAUCACAGCAGUAUGUAUUGUAUUUAACCAUGGUGGUGGUAACUCGGAUGCAGGGAUAUAUUCAAUGGCAGAUGUUGCUACAUCUGUACCUCCUGUACCUCCUUUCAGCUGCAAUCAAAGGCAUGGCCACCUAUAAACUGAGUAGACAGUGCUAGUCAUAUACCUGCUUGUUAAGAUAAUUACCAAGUAGUAUACAGUAGUAGUAUACAUGGGCAUUAUUGAAUAUGAUGGCGGACUAGCAGACACAGUCUGCCUCUCCAGAUUUCCUUCUGUGUUUAUGUCCUUCCUUAAUUAUCUCCCUCCUUAAUAACGCAGUUAUCUCAUUUUUAAUAUCAGACAAAGCUCCUUACUCAGUAUGUGCUGAACUUGGCCAAGUACGACCAGAACUAUGACAUCCGAGACCGCACACGUUUUAUCCGCCAGCUGAUUGUUCCUACAGAGAAGAGUGGCGCUCUGAGCAAGCAUGCCAAGAAGCUCUUCCUGGCGUUAAAACCUGCCCCCAUUCUCGAGUCCUCAUUUAAAGGUAAUUAUAUCCUAUUUACAUGGUUUACAUUAGAAAAACUUUUCUACUAAAGGCCAUUCAAAACAGAAAUUGCAUGAUAUCCUUAUUAUAUUUUUUGGUCACCAGUAUUAACACAACCUGUAAGUACGAAACACAAUUUAUUAUGCAGACUCUUCCGCAGUGCAGCAGACAGAGCUAGAAACUACCUACACUCGCAGUGAGAAGAGGCAUCCGUACACUAUUACUGGAUGAUACAGCUAGAUCCAUGGUUUGGUCAAAACGGACAUACUUUGAAAAGGCUAACAAAAUGGACACUCUCCUGGCUAGGACGCUUCAGCCCAGGCAGGAACGGUCCUACAUUACAGCCAUCAGACAUCCUGACGGUACGACAAAAUCGAAACCGGCUGAGAUAGCUAGGGUCUUUGAAGAUUUUUAUAAAAGGUUGUACAACCACACACCGGACGGAAGUCCCCACGGGGAGCAUGAAGAGGAUCAUAUACUUCAAUACCUGGACAACCUAGGGAUGACCAGAUUGAGCAGAGAGGCAGUAAGUAAUCUGGCGGCAGAUAUUACCGAACACGAAGUGGACAAAGCUAUCUCCACCUACGGCGGGGAGGACAACUGGACCCUGACAUGUCUCUGGCUAUCAUCGUGUUACUGACCAAACCAAGAAAGGAUCCACUUCAUCCAGAAAAUUAUAGACCCAUAUCGCUAAUUAACCAUAACCUGAAGAUUCUGGUGAGGAUACAAGCGGACAGAUUGAACCCGUUGUUGAACUCGCUCAUCCAUGCAGACCAGGUCGGUUUUAUCCAAGGCAGGCAAUUGUUUGAAAAUACCAGGAGGAAUAUAGAUUUGAUUUGGAAACAAGUGGCUACUGGGACGCCCACUCUAGUGGUAUCCAUAGAUGCAGAAAAGGCCUUCGACAGGGUCCGGUGGCAAUUUCUGUUCCCAGUAUUGAGGAGUAUGGGCUUCCCGGAAGGAUAUUUAACGAUAACGAGAGCGAUGUACCAUAAUGUGCGGGCACAGGUGCAGAUAACGGGAGCCCCACUGAACCCAUUUAGGCUAUACAAUGGAACCAGACAGGGGUGCCCUCUUUCCCCCUCCUCUUUGUAUUGGCAUUGGAGCCUUUGCUACAAGCGAUACGUCGGCAUCCGAACAUUAGUGGUGUUAGGGUGGGUGACAAAGAAUUUACAGUAUCGGCCUACGCGGACGAUGUCCUCCUGACCAUUACCAACCCGACGGAAUCGAUGUCAGCUAUACAGGAGGUAAUAACAGAAUACGGUACGGUAUCAGGAUACAAGGCAAACAUCCAGUGCUCUUCCAGUCUGUCUCACGGAGGCCGAUACAGCUCGGAUUCGGGAGACCUACCAAAUCCGCAUGGAAAUAGACUCCCUAAAAUACUUAGGGAUUCAUCUGACAGCAGAUCCCGGACGUAUAUACAUUGCUAAUUACGUUCCCAUGCUUAGAGCGUUGAUAGAAGACCUAGACAAGUGGACGGAUAAACCUCUCUCUUGGAUAGGUCGGAUUAAUUCUGUGAAAAUGAACAUCCUUCCACGCAUAUUAUUCUUAUUUCAGGCAUUGCCCGUCCGCGUCACAAAAACUCAAUUGAUUCCUCUGCAAAGAUCGAUAGGGGAUUUGAUUUGGCAGAAUAGGAGGCAUAGAAUCUCCAAACAGAUACUGUAUAGACGUAAAGACAGAGGGGGGUUGGGCCUCCCGAACCUAUAUUUCUACUAUCUCACGGCACAGUUGACGCAGGUGGCCAUGUGGCACUCCCCGCCGGAAAAGAGAAGGUGGGUGGAAAUUGAGUCUAUGAUGGUGGGGGUGGAUGUCCCCCAGUUUACAAUGUGGGUUCCUAGGGAACAUAGACCUGCGAUACGGAUAACUUGUCCAGCCAUACUCAACUCGAUCCGAAUAUGGGACUCAUGUAAUACCAAAUAUGGGCUGGCAUCGUCCCCCUCCCCUCUGAGUCCAAUACCUGGAAUGGCCCCCAGAGAAUUUCGUAAUAUAGAAAGAACCGGACUACAACGGCCCCACCAGUUAUACCAAAAUGGAGAGGUUGUUCAAUUUGCAGAACUCCAACAAGGCAGUCACUUAACCCCUGUGGAUUUUUUUAGAUAUGUUCAGAUCUGCGAUUUCGCUAGAAGACCACACAUUAAAACAGCAGCCCUGGGAAACCUAACCUCCUAUGAGAGGCUUUGCCUGGAUGGGGCAGCCCCCAAGGGUAUGAUCACGCUUUUAAAUGCCCACCUUAGUGCAGAAAAUGGAGAAUGAGGAAGACUGACAUAUACAGAUCAAUGGGAGACAGACCUCGGGGAUGUCUUGGAGGGAGUUGAGUUGCAGGAGAUAUGGGAGGCGAAUGCCACAGUUUCAAUAUGUGUCACUCUCCAGGAGCAAGCAUGGAAAACCAUGCUUAGGUGGUAUACCACGCCAGUAAAACUAUACAGAAUGCACAAAAUGGACACUGAUGACUGUUGGAGGGGUUGCGGAGCCCGAGGAACAUACAUCCCGAAUUAGAAAAGACCCCUCCUUAAGAGGGACACAAUUAUCGUGCUGUCAUUGCGGGGGUCUCCGUCCUCCCCCCAGCCCUCCCUCCCCCCCUCUUUCUCACCUCUUUGCUCACCCUUUCUUGGCUAUAUAUCUUCUUUCUCUUGCUUUUUCUUAGAAUUUCAUACCUUUUCUGUCUCACCUGUUUUUGUUCUUCUUUUUUCCUUUUUGGCCCUUCCCCUGGUUUUCCUCGGGAAUGAGGCCUUUUUUAUUUUUCCAGGCAUGAUCAUACUGUCAGUGGAACAAGGUAGCACAUGAGUAAGAUUAGUUAUUGAAUAGAAUGGGCUACUUAUAUCACCUAAAUACCUGUCCUUGUUUAAAAUAAAAACCCUCAGUAGACGGCAGGUGCCAAUGGUUUUUAAGGAAUGGGCAUGUAUUGUAUUUGUUGAACUGCAUUAUGUUUCCAAGAAUUGUAUUCAAGUUGGCUUCUGUGUAAGCCCAAAAGUGGAUGUACACUUGCUAUGUCUAUUGAGUGAAAAAUAAAGAAUUUAAAAAAAAAGAAACUACCUACACUGUGCCAAAUGAAAUCAAGACAAUCGUGAAUUGGCGGGUAGUGAAAAGUGUGAUGGGAACGAAAGAGAGAUGGUCAUCAUUUAUUUUAUCUUCCACAGAUCGGGAUCACUUUCAGCUGGGCUCCUUAUCACACCUACUGAACGCCAAGGCUGUCGGGUACCAGGAGUUGCCUGACUGGCCAGAGGAAGCCCCUGACCCAUCCGUGCGGAACGUGGAGGUGAAGGAAGCUGUGCGUGCUGUAACAUGAGUAUAUAGGGACAUGGGGAAUACCCCCUACUGUAUUUGGCUAAACUCCCUGCUGUGCCAGGCUGCACCUCCUCCUCUUCCAAGCAGAGCUACCAAUCUAUACCAUGCUUUGCUUCCUGCUAUUAAUGUGCAAGGCUUAACCCCUUAAUGUGCAGGUGGAAAUCCCCUGCUAUGUCUGAUUAUAAUGAUAAACUGUGCUUCCUAGUGUAUAUAGUUGUAAUAGCACAAAUUGAUCAGUUGCCUCAUCCUGGAAGAUGGCCGCCUGUGCAGUGGGCAAUGCCAGGGCAUGACUGCAUACACUAAUGGCCAAUAUAGGCUCUCACAGGCCAAGAGGCUGUAGGAUCUAAGAUGGCCAACUGCAUUUAAAUGGCGACUUCUCUAAUGCACUUUCCAGAUUUAAACAAUAUUCCAUAGUGGUUUUUAUUUAUUUAUUUUAAUUUUACAAGCUGUUCACAUAAAGCUAAACUCACUGAUUGGUAAAAUAAAUAGCAUUUCUGCCGCUGGACAUACAUGGGUGCAAUAAUUUUCAUUUAUACUGUGAAAUGGAUUUGAUCCUAUGCAAAUAACACUGUUAUCAUUGCAAUGAGUCUACUCAGAUCUUAGCAGUGAUUAAGCCCAGUAAUACGUCAAUACCUCGUACUGUUUCAUUAUUUCAAGAAGUAAAUGCAAGACUUGACUAGUUGCAGAUACGGUUCUUUUAAUUCUUCGUGAUAUUUUUGUGGCGUAGGGGGAGGGGUCAUAGCCAUGGUUUCGGUCAGUGAUUACCAGUUUGUCAAAGCAUAUGUUAGAGAACGUGGAAAAUACUCAUCACCGACAUGUCUCCUGUUCUUCUCAGGAGGAGGAGGACAUUGUUCCCAGGGAAAGUCACAUCGGACUCCUGGGGGAGUGGAAACAGGUGUUUGUGGAAUGCUACAGGCUUGUCUCACACUGUUUGCUGUGCUGUCUCUUUAAAACUCUUGCACGUCCAUUUAGCUUGGUUUUGGUUUGAAGUGGUGGUUUUGCACUGUGGACAGAGUAUAUCUUGCCGCGGAGUAAUAUUUAUCAAUCUCGCCCCAUAUUGCAUUAUUUCUCUCCCUACUACUGAUCUCAUAUUUCACUGCCCAUAUAACACCUCCACUAUUACUCAUUAAUAAUCCUCCUCCCCACUCCUCCUUUAACCUUUAUUCUUCUUUGUCUCGAUUAUUGCUCCAUUUACUGUUUCUCAAUCCUAUCGUUAUUGGUCCAAUAGAUUCUAUUAGAAAGCUCCUGGCCCGAAUUGCUUGUUAUUUCUAUGUGCUUUCUGUUAAUCCAUCAGUUACCAGUUCCUGUAAUCCAAUUCUCAUUACUCCUUACCUUCCCUCUAAUAAACAAUCUAAACCACACAAUUCUAAUUACAUUAUUCAGCCUCUACUCUACCGCUUCAAGGCAUGAAAGUGAUUACCAGACGGAUAGAUAGAUCAGUUUCUGUUUUAUGUGUUUAGCAAUCUUCUGGGCAGAUUGGAUGGUUUGACUUGAUGUACUUAUAAUUGAUUCUCUAAGUUUUGAUGUGUUCGGUCCUUUUUCUUUCACGUGUUAAAGAUAAUUGUGAUAUUUUUUGUUUGAGUGCAUAUUAAUUGUUGGCUCGUUGAUGCUGGUAUAGCAAGAUAAUUGUAUUUUGUUGGCUUACCAGUAAUUAAUUUUAUGGCAGGACAGGAGGCUUCAUAUUUGCUUUACCUUCUUUACUGAAACCUCCAGCAGCAAAGAAACAGUUAACAGAACUUUUCAAAACAACCAAUCAGAACAAAGCAACAGUAGUAUAAAACCCCUAAGCAGGCUCUUCCACUUCCUCUUUCUUUGCUGCUGCCUCCAGGUGAGCACUCACCAACUCAGAGUUGUCUCUGCUCUGGGUUGUUUUUUUAUCCUACAUGCUGCUUGUUUAUUUAAUCAGUCUAUUUGUUAGGUUUGUUUAGGCAGCUUAAUUGCUGGUUUUAUUUAGGCAGGGUUCUUGCUGGAUUUAGCUAAGCAGUCUAUUGCUGUGUUUAGCUAGGCAGUCUAUUGCUGUGUUUAGCUAGGCAGUCUAUUGCUGUGUUUAUCUAGGCAGUCUAUUGCUGGGUUUAGCUAGGCAGUUUAUUCUGUGUUAUUUCCUAUACCACUUCAUGCUAUGUAGCUGCUGUAUCACUUGUUAACACCUGUUGCUGUAUUUAGGCCAUUUAUCUGAUAGAUUCUGGAUACUGCUCAUUGAUUUAUUGUUAUUCUGGGUUACUUUAUUCUGUUUUCUCACUCUGCUGUAUGGGGAAUGGGUGCCCCUGCUAUGAUGCUUUUGGCUCUGCCUGUAAUCUGUUCCCCCUCCCCAGGUUCCCCUGCUGGGCUCUGUCGCCCAUACCCUUCUCCCUUGUUCCCCACCUGCUCCCUGUGGCCCCUGGCCGCUUGCUGAGCAGCCUUUUCUACCGUGGCAGUGCCGCACGAUCACCACGCGGUAGGCCGCGCUCUGUUUUUGCAGCCACAGCAGCCAUUUUGUUGGAGCCGCGGCGGCCAUUUUUCAGAGCCACAUGGGCUCUGUGCGUUGCAAACAGCCAGGUCUCACCCAAGAACUGGCCUGCUGGCCAUGUGGCCACCCUCCCCUCUCCCUAUAUCAGGGGAGAUAGCCCAGUUUUUCAGCUAUCCCUCUACUUACUGUGCCUGUCUCACAUGCUGCAUAUGUAACAGAUCCUGGAUAGCAGGAUCUGUCCCAGGGCACACUCACAACUGCAGCUUACUAUGUCUGAUGCAAUGUGACUAGGUUCUCUAUCUUAGCAGUAGACUUGUCACACUUUUUUACUAUUACAUGUGAAUCUCAGAUUUAAAGGGACACGUUACUGCUCAAAUAAAAAUCUUUGUUUAACAAGACUAUGCCACAUGUGUUAUAUGCUAAUCAAGUCUUUCUCUAAGGUUCAGUGUUUUUCUCAUAAAAAUUUAAAUGGCCUGUUUUUCAGCACCUAGCUCCCCUGCCUAGGAUUUGCUGCCCUUCCUGCAAGGGACUUAAAUUUUCCACUACACAUACAAUUCAAAAGUGAAUCCUAAUAUAAUACCUGAGUGGUCUGUGAGUCAGCUUCUCGCUAUAUGGACCCUCCUACCCCUCAGGGGGGCUACUGGCCCCACAUUCAGACCUGUUAUUAUUGGGGGGUGAACCCCCCCCCAUCCAUAUUUCUGGGGCUCUACCCGCUACUGGACCAUAAUAAUGGACGUGUGACACCAUUGUGGGCUGGGUGACCCCCUCCCUCUGGCAACAUGGCUACCUAUGAGUACCCUGCUGGCUCUACGGCGUCCUGUAAGAUUAAUGCUGAGGGUGACCCCCUCCUGCUUCCUAUAUUAAUGCUCCGGCAAUGUCCUGCUAUUAUCAUACCGAGGGGGUACCCCUCCUGCAGUCUGCACUGCUGGACCUGCAGCAUCCGGGUAUUCCCAUAAAAGAGGGUACCCCUCCCACUGAUUGAGCUUCUGUUCUUACAGUGCCCUGCAAUACGCAGAUACUGAGGGUGACCCCCUCCUGUGGACUACUCUGCUGGACCUACAGGGUCCCAUUAUAACCAUAAUGAGGGUGACCCCCUCUAGCUGACUACACUGCUGGGUGUACAGACCUCUAUGAUACCACACUGAGGGUGACCCCCUCUUACCUACAGCACUGCUGGAUCUGCAAUGCCCGGUUCUGGUUAUAUGAGGGUGACCCCCUCCUGCCGUCUACACUGCUGGACUGGCAAUGUCUGGUUACUUUAUUAUACGGCUAACCACUUCGGCACUACUGUACCCACAGUGUCCGAUUAUGUUCAGACUGAGGGUGACCCCCUCCCCUGCUGGCCUAUACUGCAUGGUAUGCUUGUGCUUGUUGGGUGACCCCCUCUUGAACGCUGGGUGACCCCCAGCUGGCCGCACCACUGUACCUACAGUGUCCGAUUAUGUUCAGACUGAGGGUGACCCCCUCCCCUGCAGGCCUAUACUGCAUGGUAUGCUUGUGCUUGUUGGGUGACCCCCUCUUGCACGCUGGGUGACCCCCAGCUGGCCGCACCAGGUAUCAUUCCGACAGUGUUACCUCUAUGGCAGUUGUGCAAUCACGGCUGAAGGACAAAUCUCCUGUACCCAGAAGGUCACUUGGCCUGUCCUCUUGCCGCCCCGCUGACCUCACUGCCAGAAACCAUCGGUACCCUACGGGAACAUUCCACCGGCCAUCCUAGACGCUACACCAAGCACCCCUGGUACUCGUUGGCUAACGGAUGGAUUCAUCAAGAGGAUCAGUCUUCAUGGCGGAGUCCGGAAAGGACACCGCAAACACCUGACACGGGGUUUGCACUCUAUCUGGGACUAACCAGUGGAUGUCAGUGACAUACGGACACAGAUGUUUCCUCGGGACGAACGGCGCGUUACCGCUUGGAAAGCGGAGAAGACUAAAUUCCCACUGGGAAUGGACCGAUAUGACUUAUAGGUAUCGCCUAGUUGGUUUCUACCCCUGAGAACCGCAAAACGGCCCCUGUCCAAGCUGGACAUCAAACUGAUGGAUUUAGCAUCCAAGUGCUGGGUCUGCUCUCCGGAGUUACCCUCAUGUACAAAUUGAGCUGACACAUCUCUAUUCAUAGGGUUCCACCUUAGCUAAUCACAGAGGUCUCUCGGACCGUGCCCGGACUCCAGAUCAAGGUUGCGGAACCUUGGACCGUUCCAUGAGCAAUACGCAUGACCAAAAGAGGCAUCCGUUCCGACUCAUUCCGCAGUUGCCCUGCUGGGCAAAGGGUGCGGUGGAGUGGACACCCGCCCCAUCCCCACGCUACAUGCUCCCAGUGCAUAUGUCGUCUGUUGACACAUUUUGAGAUGGAGGGCACUCAUCCCCUCUGAGAGCUGCUCGGCGUUGACGAUUGGUUCUCUCCCUCAAAUGCACAUGAGAGAAACCCGCAUGGAUUUUGCCAUCAACAUGGACAUAUUGAAUCCGACUCACUCCCAGUCAACCCAGUUUCCGGUCUUUCAUGGAAUAUUCGGUCCAGGCGGUGCUCCGCCUCCCGUGGACCAAGAUGUCCGUCUUCAAGGAAAAUACCAGGUAUAUACUCUGCAACCCGCGGGUUACACUUAGGGGCUCAACCCGGUUAAUUGACCGGUGCCUAUUCGCCAUGGAAGCCAUACCUCCAGGAUCCGGUACUAUCAGCCGCUCCAACAUGGCGCUUUCUCGGGUCUUUGGCCUUGUAUGACCAAAUCAUGUGACCUUCGGAUGAAGCUCAUCUAAAACUUAAUUGAUGACUCCGGAGGAGGGACUCCUUUACGCCAACUGCAUGGAACUACCUGCAGGUUUGUUCAACAUUCACAGUAUUGCUCGCUACCUUCCGGUAUGGACUUCUCACCGGUUGCCCACUAUGGACUGCAGUCGGAUCUCACAUAGGAUCGCUAUCUAUAGCUUCUGGACAAGUAUUCGUCAUUUGUGACAGAAUGUAUGCGGGACGAGACACUCGUGUGGCGGACGGCUUCACCCGACCAUGGAGAGACCCCGAUGAUUGGUUGCCUCACCCUCCAGGAUCUCGAGUACUGGCAUGAUUACAUUCGGUGCGAACCGCCAUACGGAGCGGUUCUCCAACUGGCUGCCGGAUCCUCGGCGAGGGACGAGUUUUCCAAGCUUGGUCUCCUUCGGGGCGUACGCAUCCCGUUUACCUACAGGAUACUUUGGGUUUUGCUUCAGACCGAAUUCCUGGAAGUGUCGUUUCGCCUGGCCAAACCACUUCGGAGGAGUCCUGCGUGCUUUCCUCUUUUUGCUGGAGUUUGCCAUGGGAAGGCAAUCUACGACUCCCUGUCUCUUAAUGCCACAGGGGUAGCCUGCCAUGAAUGGUGUUUGGGUCCCAAUGGCGGUCCUUAUCAUGGCUGUCCCCAUUGUCUGGCUGAGUUGCCCUCUCAGGGUAGGAUUGUAUGGGGCCAUUCACGUCCUAUGUCAGCUAGUGGACGACUCAUGUGCGUUUUCUCAAGAUUCUGGCAUUGCUAAGGAUCUCUUGGUCUGCAGUCUACCAAGAGGAGUAUACCGUACGGGAGCCCUAUCUCUCGCUAUUCCUCAAGUCUAGUGGUAUCGUGUGUUCUGGAUUUCAUUGAGGAAUGACCUGAUGACAAGGUGCACCAGUUUUUUCCACUUACGGUUUCCCCCCAGUACAUCUUUUAUUUCAUCGCGUUCUGACGUCAUGGUAUCGACGUAUCUUCUUCCUUCUUGCCGUUCAGUACAUCGGCUUCUGCUCCACACAUUUCAUUUUUAUUCGUCCUCUGUGUCGUACCCCUAUUCUCCGGAUAGGCCACGGCUCUGUUGACAGAUUGUACACGACCAUGUAGAUCCAGGAUCUGGUUCUUUCGUCCGUCUACUCAUGGACAGCUGUUUAAUUCUGCGUACAGCCGUUUUGGACUGUUUCUGCAUCUUCGCUCACCCGUUGGAUUUGGUGGAUCCUCUCAUUGACUGACCUUGAGUUCCUCUGGGACACUUUUGGUUCAGGGUGCUGUCACCUCAACAAUUUUGGAAGCUGUUGGGUCCCUUCUGCAUUUUCUCUACACCGCUGCUUGGUUUAGGGAAUAAGUUUUUCCAUUCUCCUUUAUUUCAGUCCUCUAUCUCAUAUUGCUUCUGGUUCUACUAUUUGGGCGUUAAAAUUGCAAAUAUGAAGCCUCCUGUCCUGCCAUAAAAUUAGGGAUUAUUCUAGCCUCGGUGAGGGAAUAAUCUAAAUUUUAUUAAAGACAGGAGGCGAAUAUUUCCCCCCCUUUUUUUUUACGUUCCCUCCCUGGAUCUGGGUUUUAUUCUAUUAUAAAUAAUUGGGGAUAUUGUUUAUGUUUUGUGAAUGCAUGGUUUUACAUAAUAAAGGUUAUUUCUAAUAUUCAGUGAUGGUUGUCCGUGUGCGUUUUAUUCAUCAUGUUUGUGUUGUAAUUAUGUUUUGUCAAUGCCUUUUAGCUUAGGUACAUACUAGGUCUUCAUAAGAUCUGUAGACUUUGUUUAUUCAUCAGGUAUUAUGAUGUGAAAGUGAUAUUGUAUGGAUAUGACAUCUUGCCUUGACAGUUUACUUUCACGAUGUUUUCUGUUUUCUUGCAGUGUAAUCUGUUUUCUCUCUGGGCUUGACGAUUGUUUCUCUGGACGUAUCUGCUACAGGGUGGAUUCGUUGGUUUCCUUGCUCUCCUGCUCGACCUCAUCAAAGAAAGAGGAAGUGGAAGAGCCUGCUUAGGGGUUUUAUACUACUGUUGCUUUGUUCUGAUUGGUUGUUUUGAAAAGUUCUGUUAACUGUUUCUUUGCUGCUGGAGGUUUCAGUAAAGAAGGUAAAGCAAAUAUUCGCCUCCUGUCUUUAAUAAAAUUUAGAUUAUUCCCUCACCGAGGCUAGAAUAAUCCCUAAUUAUUUAAUGCUGUUUCUACAACGACAAAGUCUGAUCAAUAUCUCAAAUGUGCCACUUUGUUUUCUUUUGUAAAAAUAUCACAAUGAUCAUUGCAAACAGCAAAUAUUCACCUGAAAUAGAACUGGAAAUGAGCGUUUAAUUCAGUAUUCAAGGCAGGUUUGAUGGACACGGAAACACUUUGCUUAGUAAUUCAGUAUUCACGGCAGGUUUGAUGGACACGGAGACACUUUGCUUAGUAAUUCAGUAUUCACGGCAGGUUUGAUGGACACGUAGAGACUUUGCUUAGUAAUUCAGUAUUCACGGCAGGUUUGAUGGACACGGAGAGACUUUGCUUAGUAAUUCAGUAUUCACGGCAGGUUUGAUGGACACGGAGACACUUUGCUUAGUAAUUCAGUAUUCACGGCAGGUUUGAUGGACACGGAAACACUAUGCUUAGUAAUUCAGUAUUCACGGCAGGUUUGAUGGACACGGAGACACUUUGCUUAGUAAUUCAGUAUUCACGGCAGGUUUGAUGGACACGUAGAGACUUUGCUUAGUAAUUCAGUAUUCACGGCAGGUUUGAUGGACACGGAGACACUUUGUUUAGUAAUUCAGUAUUCACGGCAGGUUUGAUGGACAUGGAGACACUUUGCUUAGUAAUUCAGUAUUCACGGCAGGUUUGAUGGACACGGAGACACUUUGCUUAGUAAUUCAGUAUUCACGGCAGGUUUGAUGGACACGGAGACACUUUGCUUAGUAAUUCAGUAUUCACGGCAGGUUUGAUGGACACGGAGAGACUUUGCUUAGUAAUUCAGUAUUUACGGCAGGUUUGAUGGACACGACACUUUAUAGUAAUUUAGUAUUCACGCAGGUUUGAUGGACACGAGACUUUUUGUUUAGUAAUUCAGUAUAUUUCAAUGCAGGUUUGAUAGACAUGGAGACACUUGUUAGUAUUUCAGUAUUCACUUUGUAGUUUGAUGGACACGAAACACUUUGCUUAGUAAUUCAGUAUUCACGGCAGGUUUGAUGGACAUGGAGACACUUUGCUUAGUAUUUCAGUAUUCACGGCAGGUUUGAUGGACACGGAAACACUUUGCUUAGUAAUUCAGUAUUCACGGCAGGUUUGAUGGACACGGAGACAGUUUGCUUAGUAAUUCAGUAUUCACGGCAGGUUUGAUGGACACGGAGAGACUUUGCUUAGUAAUUCAGUAUUCACGGCAGGUUUGAUGGACACGGAGACACUUUGCUUAGUAAUUCAGUAUUCACCGCAGGUUUGAUGGACACGAGACACUUUGCUUAGUAAUUCAGUAUUCACGUGCCUGAUGGACACGGAGACACUGCUUAGUAAUUCAGUGGCCCCACGGCAGGUUUGAUGGACACGGAGACACUUUGCUUAGUAAUUCAGUAUUCACGGCAGGUUUGAUGGACACGGAGACACUUUGCUUAGUAAUUCAGCAUUUACGGCAGGUUUGAUGGACACGGAGACACUUUGCUUAGUAAUUUAGUAUUCACGGCAGGUUUGAUGGACACGUAGAGACUUUGCUUAGUAAUUCAGUAUUCACGGCAGGUUUGAUAGACACGGAGACACUUUGCUUAGUAUUUCAGUAUUCACGGCAGGUUUGAUGGACACGGAAACACUUUGCUUAGUAAUUCAGUAUUCACGGCAGGUUUGAUGGACACGGAGACACUUUGCUUAGUAUUUCAGUAUUCACGGCAGGUUUGAUGGGCACGGAAACACUUUGCUUAGUAAUUCAGUAUUCACGGCAGGUUUGAUGGACACGCAGAGACUUUGCUUAGUAAUUCAGUAUUCAUGGCAGGUUUGAUGGACACGUAGAGACUUUGCUUAGUAAUUCAGUAUUCACGGCAGGUUUGAUGGACACGGAGACACUUUGCUUAGUAAUUCAGUAUUCACGGCAGGUUUGAUGGACAUGGAGACACUUUGCUUAGUAAUUCAGUAUUCACGGCAGGUUUGAUGGACACGGAGACACUUUGCUUAGUAAUUCAGUAUUCACGGCAGGUUUGAUGGACACGGAGACACUUUGCUUAGUAAUUCAGUAUUCACAGCAGGUUUGUUGGACACGGAGACACUUUGCUUAGUAAUUCAGCAUUUACGGCAGGUUUGAUGGACACAGAAACACAAUGCUUAGUAAUUCAGUAUUCACGGCAGGUUUGAUGGACACGGAGACACUUUGCUUAGUAAUUCAGUAUUCACGGCAGGUUUGAUGGACACGGAGACACUUUGCUUAGUAAUUCAGCAUUUACGGCAGGUUUGAUGGACACGGAGACACUUUGCUUAGUAAUUUAGUAUUCACGGCAGGUUUGAUGGACACGUAGAGACUUUGCUUAGUAAUUCAGUAUUCACGGCAGGUUUGAUAGACACGGAGACACUUUGCUUAGUAAUCUCAGUAUUCACGCAGGUUUGAUGGACACACGGAGACACUUUGCUUAGUAAUUCAGUAUCACGCAGUUUGAUGGACACGAGAGACUUUGCUUUAGAAUUCAGUAUUCACGGCAGGUUUGAUGGACACGUAGACACUUUGCUUAGUAAUUCAGUAUUCACGGCAGGUUUGAUGGACAUGGAGACACUUUGCUUAGUAAUUCAGUAUUCACGGCAGGUUUGAUGGACACGGAAACACUAUGCUUAGUAAUUCAGUAUUCACGGCAGGUUUGAUGGACACGGAGACACUUUGCUUAGUAAUUCAGUAUUCACGGCAGGUUUGAUGGACACGUAGAGACUUUGCUUAGUAAUUCAGUAUUCACGGCAGGUUUGAUGGACACGGAGACACUUUGCUUAGUAAUUCAGUAUUCACGGCAGGUUUGAUGGACAUGGAGACACUUUGCUUAGUAAUUCAGUAUUCACGGCAGGUUUGAUGGACACGGAGACACUUUGCUUAGUAAUUCAGUAUUCACGGCAGGUUUGAUGGACACGGAGACACUUUGCUUAGUAAUUCAGUAUUCACGGCAGGUUUGUUGGACACGGAGACACUUUGCUUAGUAAUUCAGCAUUUACGGCAGGUUUGAUGGACACAGAAACACAAUGCUUAGUAAUUCAGAAUUCACGGCAGGUUUGAUGGACACGGAGACACUUUGCUUAGUAAUUCAGUAUUCACGGCAGGUUUGAUGGACACGGAGACACUUUGCUUAGUAAUUCAGUAUUCACGGCAGGUUUGAUGGACACGGAGACACUUUGCUUAGUAAUUCAGUAUUCACGGCAGGUUUGAUGGACACGUAGAGACUUUGCUUAGUAAUUCAGUAUUCACGGCAGGUUUGAUGGACACGGAGACACUUUGUUUAGUAAUUCAGUAUUCACGGCAGGUUUGAUGGACACGGAGACACUUUGCUUAGUAAUUCAGUAUUCACGGCAGGUUUGAUGGACACGGAGACACUUUGCUUAGUAAUUCAGUAUUCACGGCAGGUUUGAUGGACACGGAGACACUUUGCUUAGUAAUUCAGUAUUCACGGCAGGUUUGAUGGACACGGAGACACUUUGCUUAGUAAUUCAGUAUUCACGGCAGGUUUGUUGGACACGGAGACACUUUGCUUAGUAAUUCAGCAUUUACGGCAGGUUUGAUGGACACAGAAACACAAUGCUUAGUAAUUCAGAAUUCACGGCAGGUUUGAUGGACACGGAGACACUUUGCUUAGUAAUUCAGUAUUCACGGCAGGUUUGAUGGACACGUAGAGACUUUGCUUAGUAAUUCAGUAUUCACGGCAGGUUUGAUGGACACGGAGACACUUUGCUUAGUAAUUCAGUAUUCACGGCAGGUUUGAUGGACACGUAGAGACUUUGCUUAGUAAUUCAGUAUUCACGGCAGGUUUGAUGGACACGUAGAGACUUUGCUUAGUAAUUCAGUAUUCACGGCAGGUUUGAUGGACCGCGGAGACACUUUGCUUAGUAAUUCCGGUAUUCCGCGUGAGUUUGAUGGACCGCGAAACACACUAUGCUUAGUAAUUCGGAAAUUCACGGCAGGAUUUUGAUGGACGCAGGAACACUUUGCUUAGUAAUUCGAGGUAUUCCGCGGCAGGUUUGAUGGACGCAUUAGAAACUUUGCCAAGUAAUUCAGUAUUCACGGCAGUUUUGAUGAACCGCGAGGAGACACUUUGCUUGGCCAAUUUCCAUUCACGGCAAGGUUUGAUGGACAUGGGGAGCACUUGCUUAGUAAUUCAGUAUUCACGGCAGGUUUGAUGGACACGGAAACACUUUGCUUAGUAAUUCAGUAUUCACGGCAGGUUUGAUGGACACGUAGAGACUUUGCUUAGUAAUUCAGUAUUCACGGCAGGUUUGAUGGACACGGACUUUGCUUAGUAUUUCAGUAUUCACGGCAGGUUUGAUGGACACGGAAACACUUUGCUUAGUAAUUCAGUAUUCACGGCAGGUUUGAUGGACACGGAGACACUUUGCUUAGUAUUUCAGUAUUCACGGCAGGUUUGAUGGGCACGGAAACACUUUGCUUAGUAAUUCAGUAUUCACGGCAGGUUUGAUGGACACGUAGAGACUUUGCUUAGUAAUUCAGUAUUCACGGCAGGUUUGAUGGACACGUAGAGACUUUGCUUAGUAAUUCAGUAUUCACGGCAGUUUUGAUGGACACGGAGACACUUUGCUUAGUAAUUCAGUAUUCACGGCAGGUUUGAUGGACAUGGAGACACUUUGCUUAGUAAUUCAGUAUUCACGGCAGGUUUGAUGGACACGGAGACACUUUGCUUAGUAAUUCAGUAUUCACGGCAGGUUUGAUGGACACGGAGACACUUUGCUUAGUAAUUCAGUAUUCACGGCAGGUUUGUUGGACACGGAGACACUUUGCUUAGUAAUUCAGCAUUUACGGCAGCUUUGAUGGACACAGAAACACAAUGCUUAGUAAUUCAGUAUUCACGGCAGGUUUGAUGGACACGGAGACACUUUGCUUAGUAAUUCAGUAUUCACGGCAGGUUUGAUGGACACGGAAACACUUUGCUUAGUAAUUCAGUAUUCACGGCAAGUUUGAUGGACUCAGAGACACUUUGCUUAGUAAUUCAGUAUUUACGGCAGGUUUGAUGGACACGUAGAGACUUUGCUUAGUAUUUCAGUAUUCACGGCAGGUUUGAUGGACACGGAGACACUUUGCUUAGUAAUUCAGUAUUCACGGCAGGUUUGAUGGACACGCAGAGACUUUGCUUAGUAAUUCAGUAUUCACGGCAGGUUUGAUGGACACGGAGACACUUUGCUUAGUAAUUCAGUAUUCACGGCAGGUUUGAUGGACACGGAGACACUUUGCUUAGUAAUUCAGUAUUCACGGCAGGUUUGAUGGACACGGAGACACUUUGCUUAGUAAUUCAGUAUUCACGGCAGGUUUGAUGGACACGGAAACACUUUGCUUAGUAAUUCAGUAUUCACGGCAGGUUUGAUGGACACGGAGACACUUUGCUUAGUAAUUCAGUAUUCACGGCAGGUUUGAUGGACACGUAGAGACUUUGCUUAGUAAUUCAGUAUUCACGGCAGUUUUGAUGGACACGGAGACACUUUGUUUAGUAAUUCAGUAUUCACGGCAGGUUUGAUGGACAUGGAGACACUUUGCUUAGUAAUUCAGUAUUCACGGCAGGUUUGAUGGACACGGAGACACUUUGCUUAGUAAUUCAGUAUUCACGGCAGGUUUGAUGGACACGGAGACACUUUGCUUAGUAAUUCAGUAUUCACGGCAGGUUUGUUGGACACGGAGACACUUUGCUUAGUAAUUCAGCAUUUACGGCAGCUUUGAUGGACAUGAAACACUUGCUUAGUAAUUCAGUAUUCACGGCAGGUUUGAUGGACACGGAGACACUUUGCUUAGUAAUUCAGUAUUCACGGCAGGUUUGAUGGACACGGAGACACUUUGCUUAGUAAUUCAGUAUUCACGGCAGGUUUGAUGGACACAGAGACACUUUGCUUAGUAAUUCAGUAUUUACGGCAGGUUUGAUGGACACAGAAACACAAUGCUUAGUAAUUCAGAAUUCACGGCAGGUUUGAUGGACACGGAGACACUUUGCUUAGUAAUUCAGUAUUUACGGCAGGUUUGAUGGACACGGAGACACUUUGCUUAGUAAUUCAGUAUUCACGGCAGGUUUGAUGGACACGGAGAGACUUUGCUUAGUAAUUCAGUAUUCACGGCAGGUUUGAUGGACACGGAGACACUUUGCUUAGUAAUUCAGUAUUCACGGCAGGUUUGAUGGACACGGAAACACUUUGCUUAGUAAUUCAGUAUUCACGGCAGGUUUGAUGGACACGGAGACACUUUGCUUAGUAAUUCAGUAUUCACGGCAGGUUUGAUGGACACGGAGACACUUUGCUUAGUAAUUCAGUAUUCACGGCAGGUUUGAUGGACACGUAGAGACUUUGCUUAGUAAUUCAGUAUUCACGGCAGGUUUGAUGGACACGGAGACACUUUGCUUAGUAAUUCAGUAUUCACGGCAGGUUUGAUGGACAUGGAGACACUUUGCUUAGUAAUUCAGUAUUCACGGCAGGUUUGAUGGACACGGAAACACUAUGCUUAGUAAUUCAGUAUUCACGGCAGGUUUGAUGGACACGGAGACACUUUGCUUAGUAAUUCAGUAUUCACGGCAGGUUUGAUGGACACGUAGAGACUUUGCUUAGUAAUUCAGUAUUCACGGCAGGUUUGAUGGACUCAGAGACACUUUGCUUAGGCCUGCGUGCUACAUAUUUACUGUAAGCAGAUAAUGCUGUGCAAUCUUCUCACCUUUGGCUUACGUUCGCUAUCUGCGUUCCUCUGACAUCCUAUUUAUCCCUAGCCUGUGGGUUUCUACGUUUCUUGAUUCUUGGUUUUUUCUCCCAGGUACCUGAAUGGACAAAGUGUCCAAGCAGGGAGAAAAGGAAGGAAAGAGAGGAGAAGCCUUUUUACUCUGAUUCAGACGGUGAAUCGGGUCCAACAGAGUCUGCAGACAGUGGUAAGAGGCUGGGAGCUGUCCUGAUGCAGCCAGUGAACAUGGCACUGUGAGGGUUAUGGUCAGAUGGAACAAUUUGGAGACUUAUAUUCAGAGAAUAUUCACCAUAGACGUUCCUGGGGGGAAGGGGAUCCUUGGGGGCUGAAGCCCCGGAAGUGGAGCUGUUUAGCCCGGAAUCUCUACAGGUGGUGGAGGGGCGAUAUUAGUGGGGGUUUUCUUGUUUGUUUGCUUGUUGUUUAAUUUAACAUCAGGCAGCAACUCCAGCUGCCACCUACUAUUAAGAUAAAGAUCAGUAGUAUAGUGCUUUACCAGGCUAGUUAGAGGGAGGGUGUGGGGCCCCACAGGUGACUAGAAAUCAGAACUGUACUGAACACCCCUCUCUUACUAGUUUGGUGGAAUUACAUUGUAUUCCUGCCUUUAAUUGAGUAUCAGCAGCACGCUGUUCAUGGAUAGAGAGGAGGGAACAUACAAUGAAAGGUGUGUUACUGUGAUGACACAUCCCCAACUCUCUGUUAGUGUAGGGCUUCAUCAAGUUUUACUUUGGGCUCAGCCCCAGGUGUUUCUGGAAGCUAUCAACGCCCCUGGUAUUAACUACAGGUGCAAACUAAGCAAAGUUAGCAAACAAAACUCAGAAUUAGAAGAUCCUGGAACCUUCUAUACUUUUGAUUGUUGAACUGUCCAUUCUCACCUUGAGUUUGGGAGACGAGUGAGGGGUUCUUUCCAACAUUAUUAUUAUUUUGCCCACACCGUGGCCCUGAUGUGAUGUGGGAAUAGCUGGAAGUUCCUCUCAGGACCACCAGGUUAUGUUAAAUCCACCUCCAGUAUUCCUGACUGCCAACACACAGAAAGCAUUGGAUUCAUUUGUUUCCUAUGAGAAAUAUUGAAUGCUCAUGUGGUGCACACAGUUCAUGCACAUCAGGCCCCCAGUGCUCCUAGUGAACCAUGACUGAACACAGUAAUGCUAAUGAGAUCACUGAACACAGUAAUACUAGUGAACCAUCACUGAACACAGCAAUGCUAUUGAGGUCACUGAACACAGUAAUGGUAGUGAACAGUCACUGAACACAGUAAUACUAGUGAACCAUCUCUGAACACAGUAAUGCUAGUGAGAUCACUGAACACAGUAAUACUAGUGAUGCCGUAAUGCACUGUGCCAGAUAGAUUGAUUUGAGCUAUGUACCAGUUUCCACUAAUGCAUUAUCCCAAUACCAAUUUGAUGCAGAACCAGAGUCAGUGAGUGAAUCAGAGAGCGGCGAGAGCAGCAGUGGAAAUACAUCCGGCUCUGAAAGUGAAGAGGAAGAAGAAAGUGAAGAGGAAGAAUCAGAGAAAGAGGAAACGAAAAAGGGGAAGAAGAGAACGCCACCGAGCGAGGGCAGGUAAAGAAAUGCAUGAAAUUGGGUGGCAAGCAGAGAUAUAGAAGAUACAGGGACGUAGAGAAUACAAUGAGAGGAGGAAGUAUAGUCGUGGCUGAGAAGAAAUAGAAGUAUGGUAAAUGGAUUGUGAGAUAUAUUAUUGUGAAGAAUAAAAUCCAGAAAAUAUACUGUUAAAUGUAGUGGAUAUUUCAAGGUCAUCAAGCGCCCCUUAUUAAAGACACGUCCAGUUUUAACACAUACAUCUGACUCCUCUUUGAUAUUUUCAGACAUUUAGAUAUGUCAGGGGUUCGAGUAGAAAUGGGCUAUUAAACAGGCCAGCAAUGAAAUGCUAAUUUGAAAAGUGUGUAUACUAACAUGUUACCCUUUUGGUACUCAUACCUUCCAUGGCCAGGCCCUACUGGGAGCAGCUUAAGCCCUGUCUCGAAGGUACAUACACACUAGGCACACCCACCAGAGGUGUACAACCCCCCCCGACGCCCCCUUGGUUAGGGGCAUGUACCUCUUUUGGGAACCACAUAGCCCGCCUGACACUACCUACUCCACUACUCCGGCUACCCAACGAAUACCUCACACUCAACCCUCAUGAGCCACGAAGCUACAAACCAACACUCUACAACCACCCUCACGUCACUCACUCGUUACUAACAAACACCCAGUAUGUUAAAACCCCGCAUCCACUCACUCUAACUAGCCCACACAUACUGCCUCACAUCGACCUGGUAGAGGAUUACCAUCACACAACCUAAAUACGUUACUAUGCACCGACUCCUCAACCGGGGCUACAACCCUACUACAUUUAUAAAAAAUGUGUGUAAUGUCCGUAAUGUUGUACUAGUUUCUUGCAAACCUCAUGCACUGUGUGAUAAAUGUUAUAAAGUACUAUCACGAAUGUGCCCGUCCUUGUUGUUGUGACAAGGCGAGCUCCUGUAUAAUUCGCUACGCACCAAAAAUAAAGAAUUAUAAAAAAAAAAUAAAAAAAAUAAAAAAAAUUGAAAAGUGUGGGAAUGAAGGUGUUAAUCACAGAAUUUAUACAGUGGAAGUGAGCAAUCAGUGGGGACAUGUGUUUUUAUGGACGGAGAAUGGGAGUCUGAAACUGAGUAAGAAUGACAGGGGUAAUAGGGGAGAAAAUUAGAGCCCAAAUGAAUAACAGUUAAUGGACUGUUUUGUCCAUCGUUUUAACAGUGAAGAAAGUGACCAAGAGCAGAGAGGGACCACCAAAGAGAAGAAGACCUCUGCAAAGACAUCCCAAAAGUCAGCAUCUGAAGAGGGGAGCAGCUCGGAGAGCAGUGAAUCUGAGAGCGAGUCCUCGUCGGAGGAAGAUGAAGAGAAGGAAGAGCCACAACCAGAACCGAAAAAGAAGAAGAGUGUAAGUGUAUUAGUCUCUCUCUGUAUUGCUGUUAUAGCUAGAUGAAUCCCUAAUGAAUCAGGCCUGAUAUGUUACAUUUUUACAGUUUGCAUAUACUGUAUACACACAAUAAAGUAUAUUUGACGGUGCUCACUGACAAUAUCUAGCUACCUGUUAGGAAUAUAUAAACAUAAAGGAUAAAUAUGUAAACUACAAAGAGACUUGGGUAGUUUUUCGUAUUCCUUUAUGUAAAGUAGGGCGCUUUCAAAAUUAUAGAACAGGUAGAACGUUGUGACAAAAAACAAACAUGACAACUUGGAAAAUGUCACUUUACACUUUGUGGGUAGUCAGGAAAACUGAAUGGGAAAACAGAAUGCUUCUGAUGAGAUAUUUGCAAUGGGGCACCAGACUGCUUCCUCUCCCCCAAUUCCCUUGCGUAGACAGAAUCCAACCACUGUCUUGUCCUUUUUAUCCCAUCGCAAACUCUUCACCAAGCAGGAAGCCUAGUUAGAUAAUAGAGAGAAUUAGCGCUAAAAACAGCUACCUGGUUACGUAUUAGUAUGCUUGUUACAGACUGAACCCUCACACAGCUGUAUAGGAAUCCUUCCAUCAGUGACAGCAACCCCAGAAUGAAAGGGGUAAUGGUUUCGCAGACAUGUAGGCAAGACACCUUUUCUCUUCCUCAUUGUGUAUAAUACUGGCAUCAAGUAACUAGACAAAACUGUGCUUCGUCUUAAACUCCUUUUGGAGUGUCACCUAUAUUGUCUCUUUCUGUGCAGCCUCCGGUGAGCAAGCCUGCAGCCAAACCAGCCAAGGAGACCAAGGAGAUGUCACUGCUGGAUCUAGAUGACUGUAAGUAAUUUGUAUCCACCUUAAUUGCUGAAUGAUAUGGUCCAGAACUGUUCUGAAAACAGUUUUUUUUUGUUUUGUUUUUUUAAACUAUGGCCUCUAUUUAUAUGUAUAUGGAUAAGCUUUUCAAAUGAUUUCAUAUUUUUGGAUAAACAUUUAAAAUCAUUUUUCAAAAUAUUAAAAUAUCAAGAUAUCGCAUGUAUAAAAUAAAUACAUAUUUUAAAAUAUUACAAAAUCUAAAUAUUUAUCAAAAUAUUAAAUUAUUGUAAAAGUUUACCCAAAAAUAUGAAAUUAUUUGAAAAGCUUCUCCAAAAAUUAGAGGCCUGUGUUUGGGUAAUUCUGGAUCGUAUUGGUGUAUAGUCUUUAAAGAAAGAUGUGGUUUGAGUUACUAAAGUAAAUAGUGCCUUGUAUGAAUGACUGCAGAAUUGGUUUUUAUUUUAGGCAAGUGACUUUUUGCAUUAUUAAAGUGCAGCAAAAAAGUCCAUUCAACUACAGUAAAACACACAUGUCGGUACACAAAACACUAUGUAAAACCGUUAUAGUGCAAAAGAUAAAUAGUUUUAAUAAUUUGUGUAGUAUACAAUCGUUUUCCUUUAAAAUACCUUUAAGAUAUAAAAGAGAACAUAGUGCUGUUAUAUAUUAUUGUAUUUUAUUUUUGAAAGGCAUAUUAAAGAUUGUGUAGUACUUAACCUCCCUGACGGUAAUCCCGAGCAUGGCUCUGAGUUAAUUUUCAGUACGAAAAGCAGUAACCCAGAGCCACUUUAGGGAUUACACUGUAGUAUCACUUACCUUGUCCCUACAAGCCCCUUGUGUAAAAAAAUACACACAAUACAUUGUAAAAACAAUGUACCGCUUUAACAUUAAAAAAUACUGACAUAAUCAUACCGCCGGGGAGGUUAAAGAAUAAAUAAUUGUAAAUGUAAAUGAUUUAGGAGUUUGCACUGUAAUGAUUUUAAAUUGCUGUUUGCACAACAAUAUCGAUUCAAGUGAAUAACCAUAAAUUCAGACUGGGAGAAGGGAUGUAAUUUAGUGACAACAGCUUCUCCAUGGUGUGCUCAAGGUGGAAAUUCUAACCGCUAAUGAAAUCACACUGUGUCUGAAGUCACUAGAGUAUUUGACACGCUAAGCAGAUGAUAACGUUAUGGAUAUCACAAAGAAAACAACAUGGAAGGGAAAAGUAGGGACUCUGAUUUUAAUAUUUCCGGAUAAGUUUUUAAAACAUGAUUUUUAAAAGUAUCAAAAAAAUGUAAAUAUAUCAAAUAAUAUUACAAUAUUCCAAUAUUGUUCAAAAUAUUAAAUAACAUUUUAUCUAAAAAUAUUAAAUAAUUUGAAGGGCUUAUCCAAGAAUAUUAAACCGGGGCCUAUGUAAUAUAUUUUUCAUAAUUUCCGUAUAAUUCCUUGACAUGAAAAUAUUCUGACAGCCAGUCAGAUUUAGUUGUUGCAGUUCAGACGUUCUCAGUACAUGCGAUGAGACAGAUCUUACUUUGUUUAUUAUUGAAUUGUCUCUAAUUUAUAAUUAUUGGCUUCCUGAAGAUAAGAUCUCCAGAACUGGACGCACUAUACUAGGUGAGGUCCUGCAGUCAGUCCUUAAAGCAGCAUCUCUAUACUGCUAAUCUAUCUAUCUAUCUUUCUCCUGUAACCUGAGACCCCAUUGGCUUUCUGUCUUCGUAGCCCAUGUUUUGCUUAGGUCUAGCUAGUCAAAUCUCCCAGGUUCCUCCCUUUCUACUAAUGUUGAUAUUGGCAAAAACUAAUUAAAUUUUUUUUUAUAUAUUUUAUUUGCUAAUUUGUGAAUGUAUUUUUUUUUUUUUGCAAAAUGUAGGGCAAAGUACCGGUAACUUAUUAAUAUGUUUUGCCUUGACUUGGUAGGGGAGCUUACACUUUAAUGGCUGUUUGUUGUACAUUACUUUCUAGUCCAAUUACCUAGUUUGCCGAAAACCUUAAAUACACAUUGUCAUGCUUUUUUUUUUACCUUUCUUAACGAUUGUGCUCUCCCGUGCUACCUGCUUUUAUUUAGAUUUAUUCAUUUUACUUUCUUGCGCCAGAUCUAGGUGCCUCCAUUUUGUUCUUCUCAGUAAAGGAUAUCUGCAGUUUGCCUUUCUGUAGGAUUUAUUUGACUGAGGGAUUGUGCUUCAACAAUCAUGUUCGCUGCAAGAAAAAAUAAUCGAAACGUGAAAUGUUGAGCUAAAAUUCUAAGCUAAAUUUAAAACAGAAAAACCCAAAGAGGAAAUAAAGGGACAGAAAAAAAAAUCAUUUAAAAUCAAAACCUGCAAAGUGACAAUGCCGCUUUAAGGGUCAGUUACAGUCUAAAGUUGCAUUCACAUUACUGUGAACGUUAAGUAUCUGAUUCCACAUUGUGAAUGAUCCACUCAGUGAAAUACUGAAGGGUAAUAUAGAACUGUCGAAGCUAAGUAAGUGGAACUAUCUACUUAGGUUAAAGUCUACAUGAACAAGAUUGUGAUGAUGACAAAGUGUAGCAUUUGGCGCUUAGGGGGUUAAGUCAUUCUCUGUUUGCUUAGCUCCAAUAGAAAUUGCAGGUCUUCUCCAAAUCUCUGUACAGUACAUAGAAGCAGGACUAUACACUGCGUAAGUCUACAGACAGAUACAUACAAACAUGCAUGCCAUAUGCCCAUUGUACUGCGCUGAAGAAUUUGUUGGCGCCUUAUAAAUAAUAAUAAAUAUGUAAACACUAAGCACUUUUCCUCUCUAGUCAUUCGUAAAGAAAGUGUGAAAGCUUGGAGUCUUCUUUGUUUCUGGUGACAUUAAAGCGAAUACUUUGGGGGAAAUUCCCAACACCUAUUUUAAUGUAUUUUAUAUUUCAUUUUACAUUUGAUUUCACUCUGCAUCCAGUGAAUAUCUCAGGAUCUCAGGAAACCUUGUGUGCACUGUGAUUGGCUGGGAUUAAUCUCAGCCAAUCGUACUGAAGGUGGAAAAACCUUACAGUGAUAUACAGGCAAAUAUAGAAGUAUAUUGUAAGAAGUACGGAUGGGGUAAGUUGCAUUUAUUUAUUUUUUGUUUUGAUAUUGGGGCCAGGUAAUGUUUUUUUACAAUAGGGGUCUGGGGUCUUCAAUACAUAACCCUAUUUGGAGAGUCUGGAGAUACUUAUUUGGAGAUUUCUUUCAAUUUGGCUAUUUCAGCCUAAAAUGUGAAUUCCUGACAAUUCACACUUUAUUGAAUAAUAUUGUUACUUGCUGUGGUAUUGGCAAAAAACUGACUUCCACUAUUUGAGAGAUAGUGUUUAAAUGAACCCUGUAAUCACCACAACCAUUACAGCUUAACGUAUUGUUCUGGUGUCUAUAGCCUGUCCCUCUAGGUUUUUCAAUAUAAACAGUGCUUUUUCAGAGAAAAGGCAGUGUUUACAUUGAUGCCUAGAAACACCUCUAGGUGCAAUCACUCAGAUGUCCACUAAAGGUGCUUCCUAUCUCAAUGCUGCAUUGUGUGCAGCACCUGCGUUCAGCAUCUUUAUGCUCUGCAUGGAGAUGCUGUGCGCUCCCCAUAGGGAUGCAUUGAUUCAAUACAGUGUUGCGUUUUGCUGCGCAUGCGCGAUAGACUCACAAUGCUUUCCUAUGGCAAAUUAUUGGAUUGGCUGAGAUCAUCAAGGUUGAUGAUCUAAGCCAUAGAGGCGGGGCCAGCCACAGCGAGACCAGUGUGGGAGAAAAGGUGAGUAAAACAAGAAUUUAACUCGACUCUGCGGGGGACCGAUGACUUGAACUGCAACUCCAGCACUGUACCGUUAGGAACAUGUUUGUAUUCAUAUCACUAUAAUGUUUCUUUAACCCCUCUAGGACCAAACUUCUGGAAUAAAAGGGAAUCAUGACAUGUCACACAUGUCAUGUGUCCUUAAGGGGUUAAAUAGGCACUCUGACGUUGCAUUGUAUGCAUUGAGCUCAGUAAGAUCAACACUGCUGAAUUAUAUAUUCUAAUUCAAUUUGAAUAAAGCUGCUAGCUUCAACUUAGAAUGUUAUUUUUUUAUCAAUUACUAAAAUCACUAAUACUUUUUCUGGCAGUAUGAACAGCAUGCCCUUCUGAACUUUUCUCAAAGAAUCUCUCAGUUUUUAACAAUUUCUCUCUGUAUCAGUCUCACUCCCCUCAGCCCCUGCAGUGACCACAAGGAAUGUUGUAUCAGCAAGCUUGGUGUCUGACCUGGAGGGACUGUCCAUGACAGACACAUCUCUAACCCCGACGGUGAGCAACUAAAUGCAGCUAGCAAGAAGAAUAGGCAGUUGCCUUCAGGAGAACCGCGCAAGACACUAAACUAUUGUGUGCUAUUUUCUAUUUUACACAUGAGAAUUGUUUUCAGUUUGCGUGCAUUUUUCUUAUUUGUUAGAUAUUAAAAUUUAAAAUCAAGAGUUAUAAAAAAAAUAUGAAGUAAACCAUUUUAAAAAUAUACUCAGUUCAAGUAUGACAAAUUACCUCCUGCUGGCAAAUUUUAUAAAUUGGGAUCAGUGUACCCCAAAGAUUCUGUGUGUGUUUACAUAUUCCUCCCUUAGCUAUUCCUCUCGUUGCUUAUCCUAUUUAUAAGUUAUUCCGUUUAUUUCUUUUUCGUUCAUCCUUUGCAUGUUUGACCAGUCCUCCUUUUCUUCUCCAGCCCUGACUGUUUCUGUCUCUCAUUGUCAUUGUACCCCUCUGUUGCACCAGGUUGUCAGUCCGAUAUUUUCCUCGGGGCGUACCUUUGAGCUGCUGCACCGAAUGACUGGGGAGGGCUUGUCCAUGGAAUAUAUGUUCAGCCGCCAACCCUUUGCACAAGACCCUCGCAUGGUGGGUGUGCAGAUCAAGAUCUCCAACAAUACUGAGAGCGAGGUGAAGAAUAUCCAUAUCAGCAAUCCCAAGCUCCUGUCUGGCAUGCGGAUCCAAGAGUUUACGGAAAUAGGUAUAGACCUAUGUCAAAUUGUCUGAUCGCUAACGCUUGGUUGCUUGCUUGCUUACUGUUCGUGCUGUCCAACAACAGAACUGGCAGGAUUAGUUUGUCUUCCCCGUGCUUUACGUGGCUUACAUGAAAAUUUACUUAAAAAAAUGUGUCGAUUGUGGUUUUAACUAGGGUAAGAAAGUUGAAUAAAUGUAUGGUAUUCUUUAGUACAUUUUGAUUGUUUAUAAACAAUAUGAUAGAUGUGUUCCCUGUUAGCUAGUAUUGCACGACCAGGGCCUCUUUGUCAGUUGUAAAACAGAACCUAGAAUGUAUUGCUUGGCUUGGAUUCUGCUGCGCUUCUUCUCAGAGACCAGGAAUUAUACUCACACACACAUCUUUAACAAAGGGGUUUAUUUGCUGAACUGCCAGUUUAGUUACCUGCUAACCUAAUUGUAAAAUGUGGGCUAAAAUAGCCUAGCUGUGACCAUAUAUCAGUCAGUUUUUCCAAAUUAUUUAUUGCCUAGAUUUAGUUUUUUUUGUUCGCGUCAUUUUGGUAUUUACUGAAUAAACUCCAAAGUCUUUGUAUGUAUGAGUUUUUUCCUAUAGAGGACAGAGAUAAUUGUAGUAUUAAAUGUUCUUAGACGAGACAGGGGGGAUAUGAUAGAAACAUUUAAAUACAUAAAGGGAAUCAACACAGUAAAGGAGGAGACUAUAUUUAAAAGAAGAAAAACUACCACAACAAGAGGACAUAGUCUUAAAUUAGAGGGACAAAGGUUUAAAAAUAAUAUCAGGAAGUAUUACUUUACUGAGAGGGUAGUGGAUGCAUGGAAUAGCCUUCCAGCUGAAGUGGUAGAGGUUAACACAGUAAAGGAGUUUAAGCAUGAGUGGGAUCGGCAUAAGGCUAUCCUAACUAUAAGAUAAGACUAGGGACUAAUGAAAGUAUUUAGAAAAUUGGGCAGACUAGAUGGGCCGAAUGGUUCUUAUCUGCCGUCACAGUCUAUGUUUCUAUGUUAGCGGUAGAGUGAUAGUUUUGUUUUGUUAUAUUCUAAUCAUACCUCAUGUAACAUGACUUCUCAAAACAACUUGUUUCUACUUCCUCUCAACAAUUUUUCCUCCAGAAUCCCUAGCUCCUGGAGACUGCGUCACGGUUACAAUGGGCAUUGACUUCUGUGAUUCCACCCAGACCGCCAACUUCCAGCUUUGGUAAGAGACCAUAUCAUAAUCCCCUUUUAAUAUGUCAUUCACGCAGGUCUGGGCUGUAAGGAUUCAACACUCUGAUAUCUGAGUACCAGAAAACUGUCAGGAUUUACUGUAGAUUCUCUGCCCUCUUACUAGAAUAUAUAUACCAAGUACAUAGUCUGUACUGAUUUGGUGAUAUGAUGAGCCUCUCAUGUGUGGCUAUACCCAUAGUCUGCCUCUACUUGUAUUGUAGUAUUUCUGCUUUUAUAUUUUUAUAUAAUGGGAAAUAGCCUCAGACAGUGAGUACUGAAAGGCAGCCAAACGUCAUCUAGUUUGUUAACAUUCAGUUAUUUAAGCUAUAAAUCCGUUUGACUGUUCUGUUAAAAUAGGUCAAUCUUAUUUCUAUCUAGGCUGAUUCAGCCAUUCACAACUGAAUGGCAACUGAAUUAGCUUUAAUUCGUUUAGUUAAUCCAAUUUCCUUGAUGCAGCUUAUAGGAAGUGGGAAGAAAAGGCCACUGCCCUAAGUCUAGGUAGUUAUCAAAGGAAUGGGUUCUGGAGAAAGUAAGAAUCAUUAAAGGGUGGGGUGAAGGGCCAGAUAGCAUCAACCUUUUGAAACCUAGUAAUGUCCCUGGGCACUAUACAGACUCUGCAAGGUAGGUUAAUAUGGUGAUUUGAAGAUUGUUAGGGUUUUGUUAAGUUCCCAGUUAUAGGACAAGAUCAUACGUCUUUAUGGCCUAUUUACUGUGACUGUUCCUUUCCAGCACACACACACGGAAAUUCUUUGUGAAUAUCCAGCCACCUGUGGGAGAAUUGAUGGAGCCUGUCUUUAUGAGUGAAAAUGAGUUCAAGAGAGAGCAGGGUAAGUUGUGUGUCGUGUAUGUGGUGAAUCCCCACUGUGAGUAAAGAGGGAGACGGGAAAAUAAUGAUAGAGAGAACAUAUAACAUGGGAAAGAUGGGCAGAUCAGCAGACACAUUCUCUUCUUCACAAUAGCUGUACACCAAAUAUGGCAGAAAGUUAAAUCCCCAACUGUGGUAGAAUUAAUUUCCCAUCCCCAUUACUUCCCUUAACACUGGUAAAGCAUGAUGGGAGUUGUAAUUAUGUAACAGGUGGUUAUCUACCAUGUAGCCAUCACCGGUGCAUACACUUAAUGAUAAUUAAUGGACUAAAUGAGGGAUAAGUUACUCAUGCUGAGCAAUAGAAGGCAGUAAUAAUGGGUAUCUGCCUACAGUAGAUAAUAGACAUUGUAUUUCAUGGAGUGACUAAUAGUGCAUUCCUAUGACUCAGGUAAACUGACGGGAAUGAAUGAGAUCACGGAGAGAUUGUCAUUGUCCGAAAAGUGUAAUAGUGACCACGUCAUCGUCCAGAGGGUCAUAUCAGUUGCUAAUAUGAACCGUGUGCCAUGCGGUGCCGAUAAAGAAUACAGGUAAGGAAGAAGAGCCUUGUCAACAUGUGUUUCCAUCAACAGAUUAAAGCAAAGUUGUGUCUAGACAGACAUGGGUCUUCAUAUCUAUAUAUAAAAUAUAAUAUACAUAAUUUAUUAGAUGCAUCUAAAGGAAGAUGCUUAAUGCCCACGUUACUGCAUGCAAUGGAUCUUCUAUGUGAUCAUAUGAUCAAUCUGAACUAAGAAAUGUCUAUGAGCCAGACAAAACAAUGAACAUACACAAAUUGAACAUUACUUUACAUAGUGAGUUACUGUACCUGCAUUUACCUUUAUUAAUCCACAUAUCUAAUGCCACCAAGUGGCUGUGUCACGCCGCCCGCCGGGUCUCCUCCUGCCAGAGAGCAUUAUGGGUCCCGGCAGGCGCAUAUCUGUGCGGCAGCAUUCCCACAUCGCAAGCGGAAUGCCGUAGAAUACUCACCCUGCCUCCAGACACCCUCCGGGUCCGCGGACCGGGACCUGGAGGGCGCAUCUCGUUAUGGCGGCAUUCGCACGUGGUAAUGGGAAUGUCACCUAUCACUCACCUCCUCCCGCGACGCCCUCCGGCCUCACUGACAAACAUUCCUCCCAUUACACAGCAGCCGGGUCUGUAAACAUUAGAGACACCGGCCGCUGCAAGUUAGAACCUUUUAAGGUUCAUAUUUAACCCUUCCAUUACCUAACCAUCUGAAACGUGUGUGUGUGUGACGUCACACACGUUCACUGUCACACGCUUCCGUGCAGCCAAUCAAGGAGCACCUUAGGCUAUUUAAACCUUUUUUGUCCAUUUCUCUGUGCCCUGUCGUGGUUUCCAUUCUGGUUAUCUGAGAGCACGUUUCUGGUACUGUUUCUUGUGUAUUUUGACCUUUGGCUUUCUUACUGACUAUUCUGAUCUCUGUAUCCUUUGGCUUGGCUCCUGACUAUUGUGACUUCUAUAUUUCUCGACAUCUGGCUUGUUCAUAGUUUCCGUGAUUUCUGUGUUCUUGUCCACGGGCUCUCUUGUGGUUUUUCCUUUUAUACGUUAAAUCCAGACGUUCUAAGGCCCAGUAACACGUCUUCUUUAUUUUCUUCUUAAGUUCUGCAUGUUGGGCAUUAGUUUAUCCUGACAGGCUGCUACUUGUACAUACGUUACAAGUUCUUUCCCAGCUCCUCAGCUGGCCUGUGUCUGAAAAUUAACGCUCCAUGCUAGUACCAUGAUGGAGAGUAAAUGACCAUAUUAGACAGCCAUGUGGAUUUAAAUACCCAGAUAGUUUCUUAAAGCAAUAACAUUUUAGGAGAAUAUCUGUAAAGGUGUUGUGAUUAGAAGAGUUGUGCAAAUUGUAAAAUGACACAAUCACCAAUCGGUGCAUUCCAUUGGUUUCCAUGAUGACUAGUACACUACUAGAACUUUGCAUCACUUGAUCUGAUAUUUUGAUAAAUCUCUCCCUAACAUCAUAACUCUUAGAACUUGCUUUCAACUCACCAAACACUUAAGGUGUAAGAAACAUGAUUUUCAUAACUGCUAAACUUCCAUUUGAUCCAAGUUAGCAGCUUAGGAGAGUGUAUAAAAUCAACAAUUAAGAAAGUAACCACACAUACAGAAACAUCUCAUGGAGUUACUAGUCCGUAUGUAAUAAUUCUGAUAUCUUACAAACUUAUAUAUUUUAUUAGGAAAAACCUAUGAAUUUAAUAAGAAAAAAUUGCAGAGGUGACAAAACAGUAACACUCACCUCCCACAGGAUUGUUUUUACUGUUAUCUCUUAUUAUAAUCUGAUCAUCUAUUUUCAUGUUAUUUUUUCAUAUUAAUCCUUAAUAAAAAUGUUUAUUGUAGAAAGAAAUUUUUUCACUUCUAUUGAACGAUGGUGAGAUCCCAAAGUCAGCCUCCUAACCUGAGGAAAUAGAAACACCCAUAAUCCUUAUUUAUCCCUAUCCAGGAACAUGUUGUCUCCCUGCUAAGCCUGAGCAUAUCACCUCUAAUAUCUGGGGGUUUUCUAACAUAAAAACAACAGGUUUAAUUUUACAAAAAAAGGUAAAACGGUUUUAGCCAAGCUCCCUUAGACUUUAUUAUGUUGAAGCCAUUAGGCCCUUUAGGAAGUGUUCUUACUUGUUUGUUCAUUUUUCUGAACCACUCAACAACAAAAAGACUUCAGCCAUCGCUCUUCCCACUUUACUAAAGCACAUGAUCUAGAAGGCUUAUGCCUCAGAUAAAGGAUACUGCUCAUUCUACUCUGGUGGUAGCUAAGUCGCUAAGGAGGGAAAAAAAAUUUUUGUGUUUCCUGGUAAAUGAAUUUAUUUUCGGAUUUGCUCAGAGCUCGUGAGUGCUGAGGGCCUAGGCAUGUGCUUCCACUGCCCUGCGUGCUUUGCUGUUUUGUUCCUUAUUUUCCUUCUCCUCUGCCUGGCUACCGCUCUACGUAGAAAUGAGAAUAGAGAGGAGGAGAGGCUAAAGAGGGACGAGUGUGCUGAAGCAUUGCAUUAUGGGUCUUAUCCCACCUUAUCUUUUUAGGCUGUGUUUUUUCUAAUAUUUUAAAACUCAUAGUCUCUCACCAUUCAGGGAGAAAAUUAUUUGCCCGGUAAAACAUAAAGUGGUUCAUUAAACCAUUAAAGGGUUACUCCAACCAUCAUGGCUGUUUCUGCUUUUAGAAGUCUAGUAAUGGUGGUAAGAAUCUGUGCAGUCUUUCUGCUGAAAUGCUUUAUAUCCAGAGACAUUUGCACUUUUGUUACACCACAGGCACCCGUGACCUACAGUGCUGUGUAGCACAGAAAACGCUCUGGCAAAUGCCUUGUCAGCCUCUUGUCCUGGGGUGCCCAGGAGCUGGUCAGUUGGCCACCUCAGGGCCCCCCAAUGCUGGCAUGCGCUGAUGUAGGCGGACAGCAAGGGAGCACUCUCCCCUGAGCUCUCCCCUGCUCAGCUCCCUCGUGCGCACCGCACUGAUGCCGGAGCUGGAAUAUGACAUGCAUGCCAGCCCAGCCAUGUGUUAGUGUGUGUGUGUGUGUGUGUCUGUUUGUUAAUGAGUGUGUUAGUGUGUGUGUCUGUUAGUGUGUGUGUGUGUGUCUGUCGGUGAAGGUGAAUGUGAGUGUGUGUGUAACUGUGAGUGAGUAUGUCUGUGAAUGAGUGAGUAUGUCUGUGAAUGUAGAAGUGCGUGUUGGUUAAACAGUGUGUGUGACAAAGAUUGUGUAUCUGUCAGUGAGUGUAUGUGAGGGGGUAUGUCUGUCAGGAAGAUAAAUUUGGAAGGGGGUAGGGGAAUGCUGAGUUUUGUCAUGUCUAGGGCAGCACAAAACCAGAAUACACCACUGGUGACCUAGGCAGCCUAGUACUCUUUUCCGGGCUGUUUAGUGUCAAUUCUGUGCAAAAAUUACUUGUCGUCUGCACUGGAUUUAAGGUUAGUAAAACAUUUAAUCGGGUUUUGAAUGAAAUAAGAAGGUGGAAAAAAAGACCAGUAGUGCCCAAUAGGACAUUAUAAAGCUAAUGUCACAAAAAGGUAACCUAUAGUAACGCUUUACCUAUUGCAAAUAUUUUAACACUUAAUACAGCAACACAUAGAUAUUGAAUAUCUGAAAAUGCUGAUAUGUGAAUUUGUUGUUUAACAGUCGCAGAGAACUUCCAGCGGCAAAGCCCGUAUGCCUAAGGUAGUGCAUGGUGUGUUCUGGGGUGGUUUUGGUUUACUGCUGUGAAAUACAUCAGAUUAGUUUUUUUGAAUGAUGUGUUUUCUUUGCAUAUUUUAUACUUCAGUCUUUUACUGUGUUGAGCCUAUUGGUCUUCUCAUUGCCAAGUGUGCUUUAACUUUAUGGUAUUAAGUAAACCUCAUGCUUACAGUAACUGAUAGGAAAACAGAUAACUACAACAAACAAAAGCAAACAUACCAGAAUGCUGAUAUGUCUGCUAAAAGGUUUUCAUUUGGACUAAAUCAGCAGUUUUCUGAUUAUAUAAUGCUGACUUUAACCAGAGCAUUGUCAUUUAAUCUACCUUGUGAAAUGAUGCUCAAGAUACAAAAUAAACAAUCUUAAAGGGACACUAUCGUCACCAGAACAACUACAACUUAUUGUAUUUGUUCUGGUGAGUAUAGUCUGUCCCUGUAGGCUUUUUACAGUAAACAUUGACUUUUCAGAGAAAAAGCAGUGUUACAUUACAGCAUAUGAAUACCUUCAGUGGCCACUCCUCAUGGCUGCUAGAGGUGCUUCCUGGGGCAGUGCUGCACAGUGUGCACUGCAUGCAGACACUGAACUUUCCUCGUAGAGAUGCAUUGAUUCAAUGCAUCUCUAUGUAGAGAUGCUGAUUGGCAAGGGCAGCACUUGGCUCCAUCCACCGGCCCGCCUCCUUGGCUGAGAUCAUCAGAAUUUACAAUCUCAGCCAAUCUAGUGCUUUCCUAUGGGAAAGCAUUAUGAUUGGCUGAGAUCAUCACUUGAUGAUGUCAGACAAGGAGGCAGAUCAGGGGCAGAGGCAGCACCAGCAGACUUGGGUAAAGGUAAAAUUUAACUAUAUUUGAGUGGGAGGGGGAAGGGGCAGGGCGGCUAGGUAGUGUUCUUAACACUAUAUGGUCAGGAACACAUGUUUGUCUUCCUGACCUUAUAGUGUUCCUUUAAAGCAAAUGUAACUGGCACUACAACGAGGAUUCGCAAAGCUGGUCCAGUAGUCCUAAUUUAAAUGUUCAGGCAGGUUCUUCAUGAUUGAUAGGAAAUCCCAUGAUUCCCAUAGACAAUGACAAGGAUGGCACAAGGACUAUCAUAAGGCAAACAAGACAUGUGUCCAGGCAGUGGGCAGAUUUUGGGGAGCGCAGACAAUCUUCCUUCACUGACUGAUUACAGUGAUUACUGUCGCUAUGUGGUAACGUGCUGUCUCUUUUGGUAACAAAGAACACAAUCCCUGUGCUCUCAGGGACUGGAGAUUGGGUUAUCAUGUGAUUUCCUCUUGCUAUGACUCAUUCUGCUGUGUGGAAACCCAAGGGAAACUACUGAGAGCUAUCUACAGAAAGGACAAUUACAUAAUUGAUGACAUCCCAAUCCAAUACUAAAUGUAUUAAAAAAUAAAAAAAUUUAAUAAGCAGCAAAUAUAGGGUGGAAUACUAGGGAAUGAGGGGGACACUAUUUUAGUGAGUUGUUUUUCUAAUGUUAAAAGGUAUUGAAAAAAAUGGGGAACUAUUACUUCUUUUCGAUGGGUAGAAUGGCAUAAACUAAAAUGAACCUGUUAUUGUGUAUGCUGUCAUGGCGUAUUGGGGUAAGCAUAGUAUAGAGCUUAUUGACUGUGGGAUCAUUAAUUAAGGCAUGGUUGUGGUCUAGGUUGAAAUGAUACAUGCCAAGCCAAUUUAGAGGUUGAAUAGGAUAGUAUUAUACCAGUUCAGUAAGAAUGUCUUACAAUUCCAUGGUUGAUGUAAUGACUUAUUUCUGCUCUAUGCAGGUUUGCAGCCAAGACUGUAACAAGUGGAACCCUGGUCCUGGUGACGUUAGCUCUGAAGGACGUGUCUGCAGCUCUGCUGACUAUUAACAGUGAGAAGAUGGUGAUAGGAACUAUGUUGGCCAAGGACAUUGUUCAGGCAUUGACCCAGUGAGACUAAGGAGAUACAGUGGCACAAUAUAACUUGAAGCAUCUAAUCAAGUGAUACAGACCAAGUGAUACAGACAACUGGAAGAUGUUAGACAUGAAACUAAUAAACAGUGAAUUCUGUCAUCCUUCUCCCCAUGAAGAUAUAACUCCAUUUCUAGGUUGCUUUCAAGACUUUCCUCUCCCCUGAAAUAACUCAACUGUUAGAUUCGAUAGGCCUGUGCGUCAGUGUAUCAUAAUGGAUAUAGUUUGUGAAACUUUGGUCCCAUUCCCAAAUAAAAGGAAUAUAGCUGUACGUAGAUAUUUAUCAUACAUGCAGACAGAACUGAAACUGCCUAAUAGGCGAACCCCCACUGCAAAAGUAUGGUAACCCACCCAAGUAGAUCCAGAAAAAGAUCAACAAAAUGUAUUGAAAAAGCAGUAAAAUGAAGCCAAGUUUACAGCAACCUAUAGAGCACACUAUCUGCUGAUGUGAGCUUUGUUUUUUUUUACAUAGAUUUAAUUUUUUUCAAUCAAAAAAAAGCUUUUUUCAAUACAUUUUAUUUUUCAACUGGAUCCACUUCGAGAACUUUCUGGAGUUAAACUUUUUACAUUCGCCAGCUUUAGUUCUGUUCAUAUGCCUGUUUUGGGAUCUAGCUUAAAGUUGUGGAUGUGGGGCAAAGAGACUGCCCCUGCAGUCUCAGCAAUGUAAACACUGCCCUUUCAGAGAAACGGCAGUAUUAUCACUGCUGCCUAACGUCACCUCUAGUGGCUGUCAGAGAGCCACUAGAGGGGUUUCCUUGAUGCGAUCCUGCAGAGAUUGCAGGUUUGACGUCUGGCACCUUCAAGUUCUGCAUGGAGACAACGACCAUGAUUUCUAUUCAGAGAUGCUAAUCGGGGCAUUGCGGUGUUUGCCACACAUGAACCCCCAAAUCAGGUAAUUUUAAAAAAGCUUAUUUUCACAAUGGUGUAUACCUAAAUCGCCUCUGUACCACCUUAAUGUUAGAAAUACACAGUUAUAUUCCUAACAUUAAAGUGUUAAUUUAACAGAUUUGAAUACUUAAUUAUCAUGUAUGUGGCUCCAUGUAGCACUGUUAUUACAGUGCUUAUUAUGUUUUGAAAUUUAUUAUAUUUAUGUAAAGUUUGAGUACAAACUAAAUGUGCUAAAUGGCCUUAUUUUAUCUAUUUGAUUGACUUGAUACUAAGCUGAGUUGCCUGCAUCCAUACUUUAUCCAUUAUAGAAUGCUGCGAUCCUGGCCUAUACAUAUACAAUAGAAUCCUGAGUGUAUAGGUUUACUCUUGUGAGACAAUAUGUGCAAUGACUCCACUAGCAGCCAGUAUUUUGUCCCCAGCUACUAAAGUGACAAACAUCAAUAAAUUCUAAACGUUAGUUCCUUGUUUAAUCUGGACACCGGGGCUUGCAAAUAUCUCCCUUCUGUCCAGUUUCUCGUGCUGUUUGUAAGUGGAUAUACAUAGCAAUAUUUAUUAUAAUUAGGCAGAUAUAUCAAUAAAGAUCAAUGUGAAAAUAUU